CAUUAAUGAAGGCUCUGCAUCCUUAGAAUAAAAGCUGUAGAAUAAAGCAGCUCCCGUGAUUGGCCGGCAGUGUGGGCCGGAGGUGUGUCUCCAGGUCUCUAUGGUAACACAGCCCAGGCUGGCUGCCUUUUAUGGUGCAGAGCUGUGAGCGCUCAGUAAAGCAGUGACUGGCUGCAGGGAGCUCAGUGUGCAGAGCAGCCAGCCAGGAGGCUAAUACUGGAGAACUACAGGCUCCCUCUCUCCCUCCCUGCCUCCCUCCCAGGUGAGUACCAGCCAGCCCAGCCAUGUACCCCUAUCCCUUGCUCACUGCCCUUCACACUGCAUGCUGCCAGGUGUUUAAUUUAGCACAUGGAGUGCCACCCCAUCAUCCUCCCUGUGUACCCAGCAUGUCUUCUUAUUGUGAUUUAUACAGCACUGCAGGUGGAAUACCUCCCCUAGACUGGGACAUUCAUUUCCACAACCAUAGUUCAAAAUAAAAUGCAUUUACACUAUUUUGCAAUUUUAUGUGAUGUGAUUAAUUUAAAAAAAAAACAACAAACCAAAACAGAUAGAUUUUUUUUAUAUAUAUAUUUGUUUUCCCAUUCUAUUUUUAAUGAUAUUAAGGAUGUAUCUAUGCCCAUUUUAUUUUUACAGAAUAUUCAUUAUGUGAUCUGUUUAAGCUGUCAACCUUGUUUAUUUAUAUUAUGACAUGUCAAUAGGAGUCCUUAAGGGGUGAUAUAUAUAUAUAUAUAUAUAUAUAUAUAUAUAUAAAUUAUAAUAUAUUUAAUAAUUAAUACUAUAUAUUUUUUUCAUUUUAUUAUUAAUACAAUAUGUUUGUUUGCCCAAGCUAUUAUAGAGAGCUGUUGCAAGGGAAGGUAUAUUGGAUAUUACAUGCUUCGAAAUAUGGUUUUGUAGACCCAGAGAUAGUAAUAUUUAAAGAGCUGUGGUCUCUUUUAGGACAUGUCAGUGCCAAUUUGCUAUUUUUUGAAAAUAAAAUUAAACAAAGUAGCCCUGUCCUCCGGUACAUUUCAUUGACCAUUCAGAGAUGACUAAAAGAGACACUGUGUGUGUGUGUGAGUUGUGACCUUGUCAAUAUAUACAUUAUAAACUUUCCAAACCAGUAUUAUAAAUUUAAAUCCUUUACUACCUGUACCUGCACUCAGGCCAUAAACAUAAAUAUUUUCCUUUUUAUACUUAAAACCAGCAAUCCUUUCUUGUAAAAUCUAUCUAAAUGUGUUUUAUUUAUAGUGGUUUCUAUUAUUUUGGUAUAUAUCACUUAUGCUAACCGUAAAUAAAAUGGAAGAUAUUCAGUAAGGAAUUGAGGAGAAAUGACCAGGGGACAACAUUUUCAGAAAAUAAAAAUAGCCAAGCUGGUAAAAUGCUUAGUCUUAGUGGUUUUUUUUUCUUCUCUCUCUCCAAAUGUUGGCCUUAAAAUACAUUUUCCUUCAUAAUUAUUUAGCAAAGUGAUAAUUCAAAGUGAAUUUCAAUCUAACUUUAAAAUGGCUCAACUGGAAACAUUAAACUCUAAACCAGCUAUGCUUCCAGUUUGCCCACUUUGGCAUUAAGUUUAAAAUUCACUUGAAUUCUCACCUUAGUAAAUAACCCUGUUUAUGAACUCUCCACCGUUCCAAAUGUCCUCAAUAACACCCAAUGUCUCACUAUUUGGUAUAUUUAUGUAGACUGUACUUCUUUUUUUGUUCAAAGUAUUGAGGGGAUAAUUUGUUUUGGAAAAAUAAAAAAAAACUCACUGUAGCUGUUUUCACCAAAUGUUAGAAAGUUGUGGGUGUUUUUUUUUUUUCCCCCUUUUAAUAUUUUACCUAUUGCUGUUAUUCCCCGGGUGAGUUUAACUGAUCAGUUUGGGAAUCAUUAAUCUGUGGCAUGUAAUUAAACCGGUAUAAUGCGUUGGAGGUGGCUUUGCAUAAUGAUUGCCGUACAGCGAUAGCUGUUGGAAGACUAUAAUUGUAUUUUUUGGAUCUCUGCACAAUCGUUUUUGAAACUGAUAGGGUUUUUCCUCUACACCUUUAAACCUAAAGAACGGAGCGAGGGAAUAUCAGAAUCUUGGCUAAAAUCGUUAAACCGUAAAAUACAGCCGAGGACAAUAUUUUAUUUAUUUAUUUUCCAAAUCAGGGAUUAGUCAUUAAAUACUGAAUUGUAGCAAAUUUUAAGAUCUAGGCUAAAGGUCCUGAUUUAAAAAGGUUUCCAAAUGACUAUAUUCAGUGAUUGACUGAUUUAGUCCAACAGGGUUAGUCACUAAAGUAAGAAUUGUCAAAAAUUCAAGGGUAAUUCAAUGUGAAUUUCUAAUUUAAGGACAAUAUUCAAGUCAGUUAUGCUUCAAAUUCACCUAUUUUGGCCUUAAAUUUUAGAUUUCAUUUGCAUUCAAGUUGAAAUCAUGACAAUUGUCACUUUAGUAAUUACCCUGUAAAUGUCGUAAUUUGGGGGGUUUGUGAAAACCAUCACUGAUUUUGAGGAUAGAUUUGUAAUUUCCUGCUUAAUUUUCCACCGUUCCAGUUUUUGACAAAUAAACACUGAACAUUGGUGUCUCGCAAUGAUAAUCCUUGCAGCAGCUCGCUCUGUAUCCGCUACAAAUGGUGUAAAUACAAUCUUGGGUGAGGCUUCACGCAGCAGUUGAUUGAAAAAUCUUUUUUCCUUGGCAGACGGAGCAGGGUUAUUUAUCUGUUGGCACAUUAAUUAGAUCCCUUGCUGUGGGUAGCCAAGAAUCCAAGCCAUGACUGUAUACACGGUAGCAGAUAGCUAACAAAAAUAUUAAUACCACUUUCUUUGUUUUUACUGUAAAGGGUAUUGUUUUGGGGUAAGAUCACUUAAGAAAACAAAUGUCUCUUGUUUGCAUCAGGUUUCAAAAAGCUUCCUAUAUUUUUCUCUCUCUUAUUUUUGUAUUUAUUUUUUUUAAAUGUAAGAGGAAAGCCCGGCCAAAUAUUCGGGGAGAUGCUAUUUAAUCUUGGCCCAAUGGCCAAUCUUGGAUAGAUAUUGGAUGUAAAUGUGAGAUUUAUUCACUAAACAGUGAAGUCAAAUCUGGCUUGAAAAAUUUAGCUUAGUGCGUUGGAGAUUUUUUUCCGCAAAUCAACUAACCUGACUUAGAAUUUAUUACAAUUUGGUGUUUAGUGAAUAAAAAUCUGGGUGAAAAAUAUGAAGAUUUCAAAAUCGAUUUCAAGACGACAAAUGAAUAUUAAUAAAAUUGUACCCAUGAUCACUGAAAUGUUGAUCCUGUGGUUUAAGGUACUAUUUAAAAAAAAAAAAAAAGGAUAUAAUUUGAUUAUAUAUAUAUAUGUGUAUACACACAUACAUAUAUAUUUAUUUUUGUUACCAACUAUAUCUAAACAAACUCAGAGGGUUACUUAAGAUAUUUGUUGCAGGUGAUGUAUAAAAAGCUGAGACAUAUUUUGUUGUAAGCAUCUUAUCGUGAGAUGUAAAGAAUUGACCAGUGUAAUGCUAAUUUUAGAUUUGCUGAAAAGUUGGAGAAUUUUUUUAUUGAAAACCAUUCAAAUGUUUUGUAACAUAUAGUACUAUGCACCCAAAAGAGAACCUGUUGGGGAGCUUUAUCAUGGCAAAAAAAAAAAACAGGUGUUAUUUUGAGAUAAAGUUCUAAAUAAGAAGCAGUCACCAUGGAAACCAACAGGAUGUCUCUAAACAUUUUGACAUUUGCAUCCAAAUUAGCACCUGUAUAGACUUUAUACAGUUCCCCCACUUUGCCUUGAUAAAUCUUCAUUUAUAGUGUUGUGGUUAGACAGACUAUUUGUUGUGAAAUUAUCAGAAUGUCAGUUAAUGAACUCAAAAAAACUGCAAAUUCACUAAACACCAACUUGGAUUGAAUUGAAACCAAAUGAUAAAUCUAGUGAAAUAUAGCCAGCUCGGAAGAAUUCUUCAACUCCGCUAUAGUCAUGGUUUGGCUAGUUUAGACUUAAAUUUAAUAUUGUCGGAUAAGCUUUUUAAAUGAUUUCAUAUUUUUGGAUAAACUUUUAAAAGGAUUUUUAAAAAAAAGUUAAAAUAUAAAAAAAAAAAUCAAUACUUUAAAAUAUUUUAAGUUAAAUAAUUUGAAAAGUUUAUUUUUAAAACAAAUAUUAAAUCAUUUGAAAAGCGUAUCCAACAAUAUUAAAUCUGGGGCCUAAGCAUGAAUUUUGAAAUUUAUAUUUCAGUUUAGUCAAUAAAAAUCCAGUAAAGCAUAUACUUCGUGGUGGCUUGUUUUUCCUUUAAAUGUAGUUUUAAAUUGUAAUCGAGUAUUCUGCGCACAUGCACAUACUAAUGUGUUAAUUAAUAACGUAUGAAUGUGGAAACUUGAUAAAAAAUUUUAGAAUUAAGGCUCAUAUAAAUAAGUAGGUGUACAUUAUAUUUUAUGCACAUUUUUCUUGUAUUUUGACCUAAAUUUUAAAGUUUGUAUGUCGUGCAACGACAAGUCUUUAACUAAUUCCUAAUCAUAAUUGUGUAAACAUAACUAAAGAAUUCAUAACGUAUAUUUUUAUAUUGCAUUACGACAAUAAAAAAACAUACACAGUAUAAUAUAUAACAUAAUUUAAACCUGUUUGUCUGUUUAGAUUGUACUAAAAGUUAUUUGUUUGCAUUCUGCAAUUAAAAUUCCUGUUUAUUUAUAUGAACAUAUAUAUUGGUGAUAAAAUAGGAAAAUAAUAAAAUUGUAUUAUCAAGGUGAAAUUAUAUAUGCAGACACAUGCUUUUUUUUAAAUUUUAUAUAUGCAAGUUACUCUGCAGAAGGUGCCCAGUGGGACGACACAAAAACGAAAAAUGAUCACAAAAGAAAACUAAAUGCAAAAUAGAUGUGUUAAUGGAAUCUUCUAAAAGUUGUCAUACUGGUGUAUGCUAAAACAAGCAAUUAAAAUACACCUUUGGGGUGGGGGGAAUGGAAAUUACAACUGUAGAAAUAAGAAAAACAAAACUAACAAAAAAUAAAAUAAUAAAUGUAUAUCUAAAAAAAAAAAAAAUCAGAUUGAUGUACAAUAUGAAACCGGCAAAAAAAAGCCAAGAAGUAUUUGUUUGAAAUGGAAAUCCCCAAGUAGCCCAAGGUCAACAAGGAGGAAAUGGGUUGGGUGCCUGGGUACAGAUUAUAGUAAAAAGAGAGAUACAGGUUCUCACAGACCUCUGUGAUGGUGUUAAUAGAGAAAUAUAGAAUGUGACCGAUCUAGUCUGCCUAUCUUAAAUCUAGGAUAGCCUUAUGCUUAUCCCAUGUAUGCUUAAACUUCCUCACUAUGUUAAAGGGAUACUCCAGGCACCCAGACCACUUCUGCCCAUUGGAGUAGUCUGGGUGCCAUUGGAUUAGUCUGGAUGCUUUCCUAUGUGGAGGUCCUAAUGCGCGCACUGUCAUUGCCGCGCAUGUCAGGGACAUCGGUGCUGGAUUCAGGUAAGCCACUGGGGGAGGGAGAGGGAUACUGCAGUAUUCUGCAGUGCCAGGAAAACAGGUUUGUUUUCCUGGCACUGGAGAGUCCCUUUAACUUCUACCACAUCAGCUGAAAGACUAUUCCAUGCAUCCACUACCCUCUCAGUAAAGUAAUACUUUAAGGUACUGAGAAGCAAAGUUCAAUUGACUAGUAGAGAACAGCACCGUUUAGAAUUUUACAUUUGAUUCCUGGGAACAUACUGUAUAGAAUGAGUUCGGCCAAGAUGCCCACUUAACGUUCCUCAGGGCAAGGGCCCCUAUUACAUUCAUGUAAAUACUCCAUUACAUACUGGUUAAUAUAAAUGCAAGUCGUUUUUCGCUUUCUUUAAAGCGUCAGGGUAAAUGUUUACUAGUUUAGGAGUCUGAUGGGUUCAGUACCUGUCUAAAUGUCGGAGUUCGAUAGGAAAUGUGAAUAUUGAGAGUAUUCGUAUAAGAAGCAAGAAUGGAUGAAAAAAAAGUCACUUCAUGUUUGCUGAAAGUUUUGUCACAGAACUGUGAAUUUUAGGCCAAAAUAAGUUCUUGGAGAAAUUUCAACUAUUGUAUCUUAAAAUUAGCAAUUCUUCUACCAGUUCUUGUUUUGUUAAAUAACCCAGUCUAUGUAAUCUGUACAAUGACUGCUGUAUAUAUGUAAAAGGAGAAACUUGACUAUGCUAAAGUGACUAAUGGUUACCCUGUGUUGCCAACAUGCAUUAAAAAGAAAGAAAGUGAGAGAGGAAACUAGACCCAGAGAGUAAAAACAGCGGUCGUAUCGGUUCACCCAGGCUGGCGUUUUCCUAUGGCAUUGCUGGAGCCUUGCGGUCUGCAUCUUGCAGGAGUCCCUCGGCCUCUGCUUGUUCUGAAGCAUUAAAUUACACCUCAACUUCACACUUUGAAAAGGAGCCAGAGGCCCAGAGAAAGGGAUAUCACUGAAUAUGCUUCUUCUCCCAGUGAAAGCAUCAGCAGACAACUACUAAGGCCUGAAGCGACCUGGGAGUCCUCUUAAAUGAUGCUCUAGUAGAACAUUAUACGGUAUGACAAUCUUUCUGUAGCAUAAUAUAAUAACUCAACGAUAAUACAAAAUAAGAAUACCAGAAUACAAUCUACCUGUCAUAUAAUAACACAAUAAUGAAAAAUAAAAAAAUACAAUAUAAUGUCGCUGAACUAAAAUCAAAUAUAACAAUAUUAGAAUAAAAUCUAACUUUAAUAACAUUACUAAGUCUAAACAUAAUCUACUAAAAAGCGCUAUAAAGCAAAAUAACUAUAAUCUAAUCGAAUAUAAUAAAUUUAUUAUGGAAUAAUACUAGACGGGGUCAAUGGUUCUUAUCUGCCAUCACAUUUUAUGUUUAUGACCUAGUAAUAUGAUAAGAUAUAACACCACUAUUUAAAGAAUUACUCCAAGCACCAUGACAACUGUGGCGGACUACCUGGCACCCAGACUGGGUACCUCCGCCAAUUGCGCUCCUAGUAUCAGUGAGUACUAUAAGCACUGCACAUGACACCAUAACCACUGUAGCCCCCUUAGCCGCAGCUUGGCAGGGGUUUUGCCGUCCCUUCCCACCCUGGACCAAACACCUGGAUCCAGCUGCCAGUGGGAAGACCUCUCCUCCAAGAGAGUAUCGCUGUAUAGCCAGUGAAAGAGCAAGUGAUAUAGCAGUAUAGCUAUUCCCCUCCACACAUGAGCCAAGGUUUAAUGCUGGGAGUCAUCUGGUUUAUUGGAGAUCACGCACAGCCUUUUAUGCAAAAGCCCAUGCAAGGAGUUUCCAAUACAAGAAUACAGGGAAAUCUCUCCCAUGAUGCUUUGUGCCUGAGAGAUAAUUAUCUUAGAAGCCAUCAUAUAAUUAAAUUAUCACAAAAGUACCCCCAAAAUCCAUAGAAACCCCACAAAAGUUACAUUCUCGGAUAGCCGCAAUCUGGGUGACCAACGUAUCCAAAAAUCACCCAGAUCGGUUCAGGGGUUCGGUUUUUCAUUGGAAGUCAAUUAUUUGACCGACCGCACACAUGGUCCUAUGCCCAAAACAGUUCCAUGAAAUCAGUGCUGACGAUCGGUCUCUUUCUGGAGUAUAAAAGUGCAUAAAAUACCGAAUGAAAUCCAUAGUUAACAUGUGUAGCUUGUUCACCUUGUUCGUGGAAACGAUUCCACCGAACAGUGCCCUUCGAAGUUGUAUAGAACGGAACACAGGCGAUUAUGGAAGUCCAGCGGGGUUCUGGAGUUUCAGUGUCUGAUUUCAGUUCCAUGAACUCAACGACCAAACACCGCUGCCUGCGUUAAUGCGAACAAGAUGGCCGCCACCUCGGGGUCGUUUAUAUAAAUUGCGGCCACCCAGACGAACAAUUAGAACACUGCGGUGGAACUCGUUACAAGGUGUCAAUUGGGCUUAACAAGCACACAGGUGGUUUCUGGUUCAUGCGGUUGUUCGGUUCCCGAACAAUAUAAUCCCAAAUCACACGAACAGAUUCAUUUACAGAGAGCAGUCAGUUGACGUACUCAGCCAACUAAUGCACGGCAUGUGCAGCUGCAAAAGCUGGUACAUCAAAAUAUCUCCCCUUGGUUAUAUGCCACCAUAAAUUCUUUAGUUAAUAAACCCUAUAAGAUUCUGGUAAUAUUAUGACAUAUUUGGUAUUUGAAAUAAAGAGUUAUUCCAGGUUCUAAAGAUAGAGGAAUCGCUAUGUAAACCAAUUAAAUGUUCCCAAUAAUUUCUCUGUAUUUUUAUAUCUUGAUACAGGGAUAUUCAGGGCUAAACUCUCAUUUUCCCUUGCCCAUCUUCCCAGUGAUUCGGUUUUCCUUUCCCUUCCAAUACAUAACUACCCUUUUUACUGAAUGGCAAGCUACAUAAAUUAUCCUUUUCUAUCUCUCUCUUUCCUUCUGUGAGUUGGUUGUUGAAUGCACUUUAUACACUAACUGGGCUCUUUGUUCUGCUUUAGGGUCUUCGUCAGGACCAUAUUGUCUUCAGUGAAAAGACUGACCUCUACAUCUGCCUCUCCUGAUCUGGACCCAGCGUGGACUUUUUUCUCGUAAAAGUCAACCACUGUGAAACGUUAAGGCAGACGUUCGAGAGACUGUGGCAUGAUGGAGAAGUAUGAAAAAAUUGGGAAGAUAGGGGAAGGAUCCUACGGCGUGGUCUUUAAAUGUAGGAAUAGGGACACAGGGCAGGUCGUGGCAAUCAAGAAAUUUCUGGAAUCUGAAGAUGAUCCCAUAAUUAAAAAGAUUGCGAUGCGUGAAAUCCGCAUGCUAAAGGUAUUUGGCAAACAUUUCUUGGCACAGUGCAAGCUUUUCUAACUAUGCAAAUGUAUUAAUCUAAUUUUGAGAUAUACCCCAUCUCUAUACUCUCAAUUCCUUCAAGGAUACCCUCUUUCUGAGCUCUCCAUUCUUUCAGAUAAACCCUGUAUCUCUACACUCUGCAUUCAUUCACAAUUCCUUCCUCUCCCCUCCCACCCACACUCUGCAUUCAUUCACAGAUACCUCCUCUCUACACUCUGCAUUCCUUCUGGGAUACCCACGGCAUUCAUUCGGAGAUAUUGCCCCAUGCUCUGCUUUUGUUCUGGGAUUACCCCUUAACACACACCAUUUAUUCUAGACCAUCUCUAUGUUCUGCACUCUUUAUGGAGUAAACCUCCCCACUACAUUCUGCAUUCAUUCUGGUAUAUACCCCUUUUUCUAUACUCCGCAUUCAUUCUGGUAUUUCUAUACUGUGCAUUCAUUCUGGUAUAUACCUCCUUUCUAUACUCUGCAUUUAUUCUGGGAAAACCCCUAUAAAUGCAGUGAAUCUGGGAUAACCCCUAUCGAUGCAUUGAUUCCUGUAUAGAUACUAUCUAUAUUAUACAUUCAUUCUGGGAUAGCCCCAAUCUAUAAUCUGCAUUCAUUAUGGAAUAUCCCCUUUCUAUACUUUCUGCAUUUAUUCUGGGAUUAACCACUAUCUCUGCAUUGACUCUAGGAAACCCCCUAUUUUUAUCAUACAUUCUUUCUGGGAUCCCCCUUUCCAUACAAUAAAUUUAUUUUGGGAUCCCCCUUUCUCAUGCAAUAUAUUCAUCUGGGAUUACCCCUUUCCAUACAAUACGUUCAUUCUGGGAUCCCCCCUUUCUAUUUAAUACAUUCAUUUUGGGAUCCGCCCCCUUUCCAUACAAUACGUUCAUUCUGGAAUACAUAUAAUAAGUCCCUACCCAUCCAUAUAUCUUUAUGUAUCCAGUGUAUCUGUGUGCUGGAUGGGAAGGGACUUAAGGGCAUUCUGUACAUUCAUUCUGGGUUUCCCCAUUCCAUUCAAUUCAUUUAUACUGAUACCAUCCUUCUCCAAUAUCUGCAUUAAUUUAGUCACCUCCCUCACCCCCCGUCCUUCUCUCUAUACUCUGCAUUUGUUCUGGGAUAAUAACCCAUGUACAUUCUGGGUAAAUUUUCUCUUGUGUCCUUUUUGUAUGAAAUAACACCUCAUCUGGCUUUGUAUAGAUCUGGUACUUUUGCUUACUCUAACUUUCUUAAAUGAGUUCUUUCCACAUUCGUCUUUCCCUUGUAUCACAAAUAAUCACCAGGCUGACUAUUCCUUCCCUCUGGAGCUCUGUGAUUUUAUUCUGAUCUAUGGGCCACCUGGGAAAUAGGCAGAUACUAGGGUUUGACACAGUUUGGAGCUGAUCGUACCACCUGCACUGUUUUAUUAAUACUUGCACCUCACAGCUGGUGUGUCGUCGUCCCCCCCCCCCCAUUUAAAUAGUAUCACUAAAAUUGCUGCUUGAAACAAGUGACUAUGAUUGGAAUAUAUUUAGGUUCUGGCCAGUUAGCAAACCAGUCGGUGGCAACUCAUAAUUAAAAAAAUAAAGGGGACUGUCACUAUUGAAUAAAAUACUGAAAAUCCCCUAUUGAUUGCAUUAACAUUUUGUUUUCAUAUUAUACUUCGUUCUCUUGUAAAUGUUCAUUAAAGAAUAAGCAAUUGCUAUCACAAUCCAAUCCAACCUGGCACAGCCAGGCACACAUUGCAUUGGAGAAGAAGAAACGACUUCUCUAUACUCUGUAUACUGAAUGCCCAAUGCAAAGGGCAUAUUUUAUACAACAAAGACUGGAUGGGAGCCAAUGUAAAGGCAUUCAGUUCCUGGAUAGGGAGUAAAUACAGUGUGGAUUUUUAUAUUUGUUCAGUAUAGGGGAAUCCGUAAAUGUGACAUGAAAAAUCAGGGGAAAUUACAAGAUUAAAAGGGCAACCGAAGUGGAUAUAACUUCAUGUACAGGAAAGAUGACUGUAGCUAUAACUUUAUCAGGACUAUUCACUAACGUGAGAAUUCAAAGUGAAUUUUAAAUUUAAAGUCAAAAUAGCCGAACUAGAAAAAAUAUUUAAAUCUGUUAUGCUGGGCAUUCAACUACUCUGGCCUUAAAUUUGAAAGUCACAUUGAAUUCUUCCUUUAGUAAAUAAAUUAAGUCACUUAUGUAACAAUUAAUUCAAAGUAAUUAGUAAAUUUUGCAAUAUAUUUAUAUUGUUAUCUCUAACUAGCUAAUGUAGUUGUGGAGCAGAUGUGUCAUUCUCCACUAUUUAAAUACUUCACCGUGUAAAAAAACAAACAAAAAAAAAGUUUUGUUUUUUUACUCCAAAGACGCUUCCUCUUUGCAGUUUAAAAGUAUGGUGUGGAAGAGAAAGGGUUUUUAUAGGAUCAUUUAUUAGUGGCUGUUUUUUAAGCACCUGUUACGUUACCUACAAAACACAAGUUUAACCCCUCAAGGACACAUGACAUGUGUGACAUGUCAUGAUUCCCUUUUAUUCCAGAAGUUUGGUCCUUACGGGGUUAAUUAAAGAUUUAACUGGUCUCCAAGUGAAAGACUCUAAAAGGUUAUUGUGACAAAGGUAUAAGUAAGGUUUAAUUAUUAAAAUCAGAUUUAUAUGCUUGGAUAUCUGAGGAGGAAACGCUCAUUAAAAACAUUACUCCACAUGAUUUUUAAUGUUAUCUUUAACUCCAAUCCCCUUUAUUUAACAAUUAUGUUUUUGUGAAAAAAUCUAGGCCAUAAAGUUAAAGAUUGAAAGCUUUUUCCCCUACAUACCCCUGAGUGCCUCCACUGAAGUGAAAACACAAAACAUGACCUUUAUCAUUUGAUAUUGUUAAUUUUCAAGGGCUAGUGAAACUAGACAGCAGAAAAUGGACAGAUUAAUCAGGAAUAUUUCCCUUGUACACAUUUCUCCCAAGUGUCCCUAUUUAAGAGCCCAAAUCCCUCUUUUCUAGGAGCUCCAUGUUUUUGGUGUGUCUGAGUGUAUAAUAGAGCUCCACAGCAAUUAUAGUCAAAGUAAUGUGUCUUUAAAGGGACACUAUAGGCACCCAAACCACUUCAUCUCAUUGAAGUGGACUGGGUGAAGUUCCCCUGCCCCCUUAACACUGCAAGGGAACCUACAAUAUCUCAGAACAGCCCUGCCACUAGUCACACCCUUAUUUACCCCCCUAAAAUUAAAGUGACCUUCUUUGUCCAUUUAAAAUGUUUGGAAGUAUGAAUUGUGCAAGUUUUUUCAUCUAUGAUACUAUGUUACUCGAAUACCAUGAACUCUUGUCAAUUUUAUUUCCAUCAUCAAAUUCCCUAUGUCCCCACCCAAGAUUGGUUAUGUCAAAGCUGACUGUGCAAUAUAAAUGAAAGUCUAUUAACAUAUUAAAUACUCCUGACCCCUCUAGACCAGUGUUAGUUCUCUCUGGUAUCCCAUGUAUUACUAAACCAUUUUUCCCAUGAUGCUCAGCGGGUACCAUAAAGGAACGCCUAGGGUGGAGUAAGACACGCACAGAUACAUUAAGAUUCUAGGGGUAAUCUCUGUGUUCUAAAUAUAUCUCCGGUAAAAGGGUGGGUUGCAGAUCGUAGACAAGGUAUUACAUUCCAUGGGAAUGCCUGUAUAGGGUGAGUGCUGUAAACAAGCCUCUGUGUAGCUGAACUUACCUUUCCUUGAGGAAAUCAGUUCAUGCUUUUUGCACAAUAACAAAACCCAAGCAUCAUCUGAGGAGAAAUUUAAUCUUCAGAGCCUUAAGGUUAGCAGUGAAUAUUUCAUUAAUCAGACUGACAAGGCAAGCGCAAGCUCCGUGAUCCUGGCGGCUGGCUCAGUAACCCUUUCAGUGUUUGUUGCGCCACUCUUCAAACUCCAUUUUGGUGAUUGCUGAACCGAAUACAUAUAUUGCUAACAGGGCUAUUUACUAAAGAAUUCACAGUGAAUUGCAAUUUCAAGGUAAAAGUUGCCGAAUUGGAAACAUUCUCCAAGUCAGCUACGGCACCUUUGGCCUUAAAUUUGAAAUUCACGUUGAAUUCUCAGUUUAGUGGAUAAGCCUGUAAGUUGCACAAAAUAUAAUUGUGCAGUUGUACAAACACUCUUGUUACUUAAAUAUGGCAAUUAAAUACCCAGUUUAGUGAAUAAACUCUGGCAUGUUUGCACGGGUAUUGUUUAGCCGUACAAAUCUGGCGGCAAUGAUCGCUGGUAAGGCCUGGAUGUAUCUUAGCUCAGCACUUCCAAUUAUUGACAUCUGGAUUCGGAUAAUUCUGUACAGCUAAUGCGGAAAUAAAACAUCUGUGUUAUGAGCAGUAACAGAAAGGCUGAGCUUUGGGUGCUGGGAAUGUCACUGUUUGUGUCAAAUGUCCUGAACACCGUUUGAGGGAAAAAACCAUAGCUGCUGCACCCAGUAACUUCUUGGAGCAUAGUAACUAUAAAAAUCUGUAGUGGUUAUGGUGCUUGGAGUAUCCCUUUUAUUACUUGAUCUUAAUAUUAUAAACUUGUGCGUUAUAUGAUAGAUUGUGAUAGGCAUAUUAAUAAUGUUUCAUUGUACAGUUCUGUUAAUAAACAGGUUAACAGAAAGAUGCUUGUAUCAAACCCCCUAGGUAUUGUACAUUUUCAUCUGAUCUGUUCUUUUCUAGUGUGCACAAGUAUGAUUUCUAGCCUAGGGGUGCCCAAAAGGUAGACCCUCAGAUGUUUUAAAACAACAUCUUUCAUCUUGUCAUUGUAAAGGCAUGCAAAGUAUCAUGGGAGUUGUAGUUUUACAAUAUCUCGGGAUCUACCUUUUGGGGACCCCUGCUCUAGAUUUUCCUUUCGGUACUCUCUGAAAUGGUUGUGGUGCUUAGAGUUUAAGUUUAAUAACGUCUCACACAAACCAUAAACACAGCUCAAAUAUGUCUACUGUUAAUCCUCCUUUAUCGCAUAUGCUUUGGGACUAAUUUAUGGAAAGGUUGUAAAAUAAUGGCGUGAUUUAUUGCGCAGUUCUAAUCCAGUUCCAUCGCUGCAGGAAUUUAUAGAUAUUUCUUCUUUCUUCCUCUUACUGUCUUACCGCUUGUAAAUUUUUUAUAUAUAUUUUUUUCUUUCUUCCUCUAUCGCCAUGUUAAGUCAGCCCCCGGAUGUUUCAUGGUUUUAUCAGUGUUGGUUUUACAUGUGGAGACUUGCUGGAGAUUCUUAGUAAAUAGUAACACACUGUGUUUAUAGACGGUAGGAAUGCCAGAGCCUAGCUGACAAAUCUGUUUGUGUAGUUAAGCCGCUGUUUCUUUAAAAAUAAAUUCUACCUUUACAGUCCAGCUAAAAAAGCAAAUAUUUAUUGAACGCUGGUUUGUAACCAACAAUAGCUGGGAGUGUGGCGUUUGCAGAACGGUAGAAACAUCUCAUUUGUGUGUACAUUACACAGUAAGGAUUGGCUGACCUUUUAAAGGAUUGGUAUCAGAUAUGAACUUGAAUACAGUCUCCAUGUCACAGCAAUAGUAGAGACCCAAAUGCUAACAUGAUAAGUGUGUAUGUUUUUAUUUAUAAAUGAUGAUCUCAGUGCGUACCAACGAAUACUCUGCUAUGUAUGAAAAGUACAGUAAACAAGCCAGAAUUGAAUUCAUGAGAAUGGACAAGAAUUCAGUUAGGUCUUCCUUUUGCUAAUCCCCACUCAAAUCUCAAACUUGUUUUAGUUUAAUUGUAAUAUUAUCGGGCAAUAUAUACAUUUUCAUUAAAAAAUAAAUAAAUAUAUAUAUAUUUUUUUUUUUGCUGGGUAAUAAACCUGGAAUGACAGCACAGAAUACCGAGUUGGGACUGCCCUGCUAAAUCCGAGUCUGUUGGGAAGUAUGGGAAGCACCCAUAGAGUUUACAAUCUUACACGUGACCCACAAAGCUGUAUUUACAAAGCUUUUUUUUUGUUUUUUUUGUUUCUGAUAUGUGAUGUGAAUGUGUUUUAAGGAAUUGUGUCUAAAAUCACGUAUUGUUAUAUUAAAGCACCAUCACUAUAUAGUAUAAAUUCAAGGGUAUGUAUAUGUAAUUGUGUAUAUGACAUAAAUAUGGUAUAUUUUUAUAUAUGUGUAUAUAAAUUUAAAACAUAUAUAUAUAAGAAAAACACUAAUUUCUACAAUUAGCAAUAGAAAUCUGCAUUAAUAUGGAUUCAUUUCUUCCCCAGCAACUGAAGCACCCAAACUUGGUAAAUCUCCUGGAGGUUUUCCGAAGGAAGCGAAAACUGCAUUUAGUGUUUGAAUAUUGUGACCACACAGUUCUGAAUGAACUGGACAGGCACCCGAGAGGGUAAGUGACCACACACUAAAAUACAGUCCAUUAAAUGGGAUGUGUAGGAAAACCUAGAGUGGCUAGUGAUAUAAAAGUUUGCAAGCUCUUUAGGGUGGAAAGAUUGCUCGCAAAUUGAUUGCAAGCUCUGCAGGGCAAAGUGUUGUAUCAAACACAAAUGGAAUAAUCUGGAGAAUUAUACAUUAAAAUGUUACUUCAGUGUCGCCUCUUCCGCUAGUAGCGAUUCAGCACCACUGCUGUACUCUCGCGCAUACAAGACCAUAGGAUCCUCCAUAGACAAGGCCAAUUCCCUGCAUCUGUCACUGGUGACAUCUGGGGGGAUUGACACUUCUUUACGGUGGUAGCUCCGCCCUUGGUCAAGAAGUGUCAGGUGUAGGAAAUAUACAGAGACAAAAUAGUCCUUACUUUGUCUCAGUAUUUUUCCUGAAUGGGUUUUAAUUUUAGUAGACUUCCAACACAGUUAAAAUGAGUAGUUCUAUCUUUAUGAAAUACUAUUUUUUUCAGGGGGGUGAAAGUGCCAUUUUAAUAUAUUUAAUACUGUGAUAUGAACAAGCAGCCCACAAGCCCCCUGCCUUCCACAGACUGUAAGUAACAAGUUAUUGAAUAAUAUAAUAAUAAUAUAUUUCCCACUCAAAUGGCCCCAUGAUAUAUUUGCGAUGUUAUCCAUCCAUGAUAUAUUUACAGCCACAUAUCCCCAUGAUAUAUUUUCUACAGCCUCAUCAUCCCAUAAUAUAAUCACAGCCACAUGUUGUCAGCUUUUGUGAACUAAAAGGCAUUUGUGAGGCUGUGUGGAAGCUCAAUGUUGAAUGUUCUCUGCUCUUUCCACUGUUUGCUUUGAGCAUUGUGUAAAUGACUUGAGUGUAAUUUAUUUUCUAAGUGACUUGGUGCUAUGGAAAUCUUUGAUAAUUUAGCGAGCAGGUGGAGUAUUGGCUGAAAAGCUGGCGCGGGGCUGAUUGAUUAGGGCCUGGUGCAAACAUUGGAAUGUCAGGGUUGCUGACACACUAUCAGUUUAAGAUGAUCUCUUGAUAAGGGUUUUGUGUGAGAGAGAGAGAGAGAGAGAUGCACAUAGUCUCCCUUUGGCACCAAUUCAAGUUAUUCAAUGGACGCAUUCCGAGUUUUCACAUAAUUUAACUUUUUCCCGGUCUUUUUGUGGUUAAAGUGCAUUAUGUAUCUGUGAGUAAAAUGUAAGCAGUGUUUUGCCAUCACUUUCUGCCGCCACCUAAUCCCAGAAAGAUGCUUAUUAACUCUUUCGUUGCUGGUGGCACAAAUGCAAUUUUUAUUAAUUUCACAUAAAAAUAAAAAUGUAUCAAGAUAACUUUCGUUUUAAGCUUUUUUUUUCCUUUCUUUUUCUUUAAAAAAAUCCUGUCACUCUUUACACAUCUAAUUAGUGAAUAAUGUGAGCCGCUACUGUGGCCCCAUCUUUGAUUGCAUGGCCAAUUUCAAACUGAGAUUUUUAAAAAAAUGCAGUUUUUCAGGUUAAUGAAUAGGUAAUACCUCUUCAGUUUGUCAUGAAUGGCUGAUUAUUAUGUUAGUUGUAUCUGAUGAAACCUAUUUGCGGUGGAUUACACAAUUCUGUGUAUAUAUACAAGAGGUGCAGGGACUGAAAUCUAAUUCCCAGUGACCUAUACACCAAGUGCUGAGUUCCUAGGAAAUAAAAAUGCAGAAUGUAAACCAAAUUGGUUUAGUUGUAAAGACCUCCUGAUCUGUUGUCAACUCACCACACCGCACAUUGCAUAGUAAAUAAGCCUCUUAGACGCUGAUCUGGUUUUAACGUCAUUAUGGUAAUUAGGUUAGAAUUUGCUUCUGAUCACAACAGACCAAAAAACAACUCUAUUCUUAUGAGAUUACAUGACUGAGUGACGUUAAAUCCUUUCACUCUACUAAAAACUAGAAGGACACGAAUAGCAUGUCAUCUGAAUAUUGCAUGAUCAUCUUCAGUGCAUUAAGUGCAAUGUAAGUGGCUGUUAGGGUGCUUAGCCGAGAUUAUGUUAUCUUAAGGAGAAAAUAUGAAGGCAUCGUCGCCAAAACAAACAGAGGUAUUAUAAGGAGAGUCUAUUCAGCGGGUAAUUCUCAUGAAGUAUAGUGCUUUGCCCUGGACUAAUUGAACAAUUGCAACAUUAGAUGCGGAAUACCUCCUCCGCCUUCCUUGUAUGAAUAAGAUUUAUAUUUUCUGUCUUGGCUGCACAAAUUCUUGUGUAGCUGUUGCAAUGUCUUUGUACUGAAAUUGUCCGUAAGAGAUGCAGCAGCCUUUAUAUGUUACAUGGUAGCUAUUACAGCAAAUAAAGUCUAGGGCAGAAUUAACCCUUGUGAAGCAGGUUAGAACCUUAAACUAUAUGAUUGAUGUUUAAUUUGCUUUAAAGGACCACUCUAGGCACCCAGACCACUUCAGCUUAAUGAAGUGGUCUGGGUGCCAGGUCCCUCUAGGAUUAACCCUUUUUUUUAAUAAACAUAGCAGUUUCAGAGAAACUGCUAUGUUUAUAUUAGGGUUAAUCCAGCCUCCAAAGCCUCUAGCGGCUGUCUCAUUGACAGCCGCUAGAAGCGUUUGCUUGAUUCUCACUGUGAAAAUCAAUGAGAACACGCAAGCGUCCAUAGGAAAGCAUUGUAAAUGCUUGAGGUCAUGCCACAGCAUCUCAAUCGGGUUGAGGUCAGGACUCUGACUAGGCCACUUCAGAAGGCGUAUUUUCUUCUGUUUAAGCCAUUCUGUUGUUGAUUUACUUAUAUGCUUUGGGUCAUUGUCCUGUUGCAACACCCAUCUUCUGUUGAGCUUCAGCUGGUAGACAGAUGGCCUUAAGUUCUCCUGCAAAAUGUCUUGAUAAACUUGGGAAUUCAUUUUUCCUUCGAUGAUAGCAAUCCGUCCAGGCCCUGACGCAGCAAAGCAAACCCAAACCCUGAUGCCCCACCAUCAUACUUCACAGUUGGGAUGAGGUUUUGAUGUUGGUGUGCUGUGCCUUUUAUUCUUCCAAACAACUCAACUUUGGUUUUAUCUGUCCACAGAAUAUUUUUCCAGUACUGCUGUGGAACAUCCAGGUGCUCUUGUGCAAACUGUAAACGUGUAGCAAUGUUUUGUUUGCACAGCAGUGGCUUCCUCUGUGGUAUCCUCCCACGAAAUCCAUUCUUGUUUAGUGUUUUACGUAUUGUAGAUUCGCUAACAGGGAUAUUGGCAUUUGCCAGUGACAUUUGUAAGUCUUUAGCUGACACUCUAGGAUUCUUCUUCACCUCAUUGAGCAGUCUGCGCUGUGCUCUUGCAGUCAUCUUUACAGGACGGCCACUCCUAGGGAGAGUAGCAGCAGUGCUGAACUUUCUCCAUUUAUAGACAAUUUGUCUUACCGUGGACUGAUGAACAGCAAGGCUUUUGGAGAUACUUUUAUAACUCUCCAGCUUUAUGCACGUCAACAAUUCUUAAUCGUAGGUCUUCUGAGAGCUCUUUUGUGCGAGGCAUCAUUCACAUCAGGCAAUGCUUCUUGUGAAAAGCAAACCCAGAACUGGUGUGUGUUUUUUAUUGGGCAGGGCAGCUGUAACCAACACCUCCAAUCUCAUCUCAUUGAUUGGACUCCAGUUGGCUGACAUCUCACUCCAAUUAGCUCUUGGAGAUGUUAUUAGUCUAGGGGUUCACAUACUUUUUCCACCUGCACUGUGAAUGUUUACAUGGUGUGUUCAAUAAAAACAUUUAUUCUUUGUGUGUUAUUAGUUUCAUUCUUGUGUGUUAUUAGUUUAAGCAGACUGUGAUUGUCUAUUGUUGUGACUUAGAUGAUGAUCAGAUCACAUUUUAUGACCAAUUUGUGCAGAAAUCCAUAUCAUUCCAAAGGGUUCACAUACUUUUUCUUGCAACUGUAUAUAGUUGUGUAACAAUUUGUGUGUGUAAUUUCACUGUCUUUGGAGCCUUUUAAACAGACAUCGUUAUCAUAAAUGCAUUUUACUGUCUGUAUAGCUGUUUAUGAAAUCGGAAAUCUCGCACAUGGAAGGGCGAUUUCUCCUGCUGUGCCAAUUUUAUCCAUUCUCAGGACAAAUAUCUAUUUUAUGAUGCUGAUCGAGGACACUGGAGUAAAUAUGUUUCUUGCUAGUGGAAACAAUGUGUUUUUAAGAAAAUGCUAUAGUGAAAGACUCUUUAGAAUGUAUACAGUUAAUUGAUGGCUGUGGUAUUUGGGGUAUAAAUGCCUUGGCCUUUAUGAGACUGGAAUCAAUUCAGGGCUAUUUACUGCCUUCCUGUGUGUAGUUUUCAGGGUUUAUAGCUAGAAAGGAAUUCAUUUCAGGCCUUGCUUUUGUUUGUUUAUGUUGUGGUAAAAUGCAUAGUGGAUACGAAAGGGAUUGAUCUAUGUAAGUAAGAGCUGUGGCACAUUUACUUGGAGGAAAAAAGUAAAUCUAUUUUUAUUUUAUUUGAAAAUCCUCCCAAUUGGUAGGGACACUACAAUCACAUAUUCAGUCUUUUUCAAGAUGCAUUAACUAUUUUUUUUUCCUUUACUGAAUUUAAUGCUUUCAUAGCGCUAUGUAUUACCUUCUGCACUAAUCUAUUGUGAUGGGGAAAAUAGGCUAAAACUAUACAUGUUUUGCCUUUUGUGAUACUCUGUUGUGACAGGGAAUAUAUCCUGACAUUCUAUAUUUUAUGCCUUUCAUAUGUUUCUCCCAUGAGUGCCUAUUGGGUUAAUGCUGCAGUGUUUUCAAGAUAUAUACGCAAACUAUAACUGCGUUCGUUUUCCUAUGCCCAUUGCACUCUGUUGUGCAUCUCUUCUGCUAUUUUACUGCAAAAAAACUUUAUUAAACACAAUCACAUAGUCAGUAUUUAAAGAGUUACUCCAACCACUAUGAUCACUUCUGCUUUUUGAAGUGGUCAUGGUGGUUGGAACCUGGAUAUGCAAUGUUUCAGUUUAAUAUUUAUAUUGUUAAUUGUGUGCAGGGGCAAGAUGCAUCACUAACACACGUGUCAUUGGCACCCCAGAAUGCUCUUCCGGGCUGUCUAAUGUCAAUUCUGUGCAUAAAAAAAAAAUCUGUCGUCUGCGUGCACUACAUGCUGCCGAACCUGCAAGGUGAAGCUAUUGUCUCCCCUCCCUCACGCACUGAUUGUAGCCCUCUCUGCCUCCCUAUCCACUUUGCAAAUAAAAAAAGUUUUUUGGUCCUGCCCUUCCUUCCCCCUCCCAUUGUAUGCUUUGAACGUGCACGUGCGCUCAGAGCCCGUUAAAUCUUUCAAUCAAAGGUUCUUUAUGAGAAGCCUUUGAUUUGAUCUAGGUGCAGUCUCCAGUGAUGUCAGACAGGGGUGCGCUGACCAGCGCUGGGAGCUUAAAGGACCACUAAAGGCACCCAAUGAAGUGGUCUGGGUGCCAGGCCCAUCUAGGAUUAACCCUGCCUGCUGUAAACAUAGCAGUUUCAGAGAAACUGCUAUGUUUACAUAUCGGUUAAUCCAGCCUCUAGUGGCUGUCUCACUGACAGCCGCUAGAGGCGCUUCCGCACUUCUCAUUGUGAUUUUCACAGUGAGAAGAUGCCAGCGUCCAUAGGAAAGCAUUCAGAAUGCUUUCCUAUGGACUGGCUGAAUGCGUGCGGCUCUUGCCGCGCAUGCGCAUUCAGCAUAUGACGUCGGAAGGAGGAGGAGAGUGUUUAAACACCCUUCCUUUCCCUUCAGCCCGGCGGGAGUGGGACCCUGAGGGUGAGGCACCCUCAGGGCACUAUAGUGCCAGGAAAACGAGUUUGUUUCCCUGGCUCUAUAGUGGUCCUUUAACUCGGUGCUGACUAAAGGUAAGUAGAAACUUAUUUGAAAACUCUCUAUGAGUAUUUUGUUUGGGGGGCACCUACAGAGUAAUGCCAAUAGGGAAUUAUUCUGUUAAAUUUAAAAAAGGGUUGGAGAGCUGUUAAAGGGACUCCAUAGGAACCCAGACCACUUAAUCUCACUGAAGUGGUCUGGGUACCAUGCCCCACCCAAACCCAUUUUAACUCUGCAGUUAAAAACAUUACUGUUCUACUGUCAUACUGACAUCCACUAGAGCCACUUUUGCCAAAAUAGUGUAGUUCAGCUACAUUAUUGUAAUCAGAUAUUCUCAGCCAAGAAAGCGGAACGAAAUGCUGGAGGCCAGCUCUUAUAAGGAGAAAAGGUAAGCAAAUUAGCAUUUUUAACCCUGGCAGUGGGCACCUGGUCACCUAAGUGGUGACUAGGACUAUAGCAUAAGGAAUACGCAUUUGUUUUCCCAACGCUAUAGUGUUCCUUUAAUUGUCAAACUGAUCAGAAUCUCAUUGUUAAUUUCCAAUACUACUUCUACUUUUAUUGGAUCAGAGAAAUGUGCCCUGUAUGUCACUAUAAACUGUCACAUUUUGGCCAUUGCAAACCAAUCGAAAGGACACUUUAACAAAACUUUUGUUAGAUUUAUUGAUUUCAGCAACUCAAAGGGCUAGAAAACCUUUUUUAUUACUAGCAAUUAACCAAUUCCCCAAGAAUUUGGCCAUGAGCAAAUCAAACAUCACAAAUACCUCCACUGACUUGAUUUGUACAUGCAAUGUUAACUAAUGAUUACUCGUUAAUCAAUUAUAACAAUUAAAGGACAAAUCAGCACUGCAUAUAUGAUAAGAUAACCUAACAAAUACAUGUGUACCAUUACUGAACGGUCCAUUUAGAGUAGGGAUUAGCAACCUCCGGCAUUUCAAAUGUUAUGGACUAUGUCUACCUUGAUGCCUUCUAAGCAUUAUGGGAGCUGUAGUCCACCAUUGCCUACCCCCUGAUUUAGAGGUACAUUAAAGAAUUACAGCCACUGCAAUGCUACAUGGAACAUGAUAGGUUCAUUUAAACACCUGCAACCUAUUAGCUUCAUUAAUGCACUUGGCUGUUUGUAACCUUUAGUCUUUGGUGUAAUAGAGACCGCCUUCAAGGUGCCAAUGUUUUUUCAUUGCUGCGAACAUUGUGAUAUCAGCCUGCCGAGCUUUAUAUUGUGAGAUUAUUAACAAAUUAAUGGUUUAAGCCAGGUUUCAAGAUACAAUUUUCUGACUUUGUCGUUCCCGGCAGGAAAAUGGUUAGUGAUAGAUUGUGAAUACUUUGAAUACCUUGCAAUCAGUGUUAAUUUUGGCAGCGUUUUUCGUUUUAGUCAUAAUCUUUUGACUAAAAGCCAUUUUAGUUUUAGUCGUAUUUUAGUCGACUAAAUCACUACUGAUGAGUGAUUAUUAAAUAGUAUUCAUAUUUGAUUAGGACAAGCAAUGCACAAACCAAAAAAUCCAAACUGUAGCGACAUACUUAAAUAAAUCAAAACUCCUCAUAGUCUAGGAUUAGGGAUUACAAACUGGGGUAUUUUCGAUGUCCUGUUAAGUCACUCUGCUCAUUUACCUGUCCUUUUUGCCACAUCCAAAGAAAUUUUAGGGACUUUUUUCAAUUCUCCUUUUAAUUGGGUGAUCAGAAAACGGUACAUACAAGUAAACAAGCAAAACAGCAGUUGGCAAACAUCAAUAAAACUGAAAAAUAUACAUGAUUGUGCAUUCUACUCUCAAAAACUCACAGGACAAAAGGCUCAUGCUAUAGGAUAGUGUGUGUGUGUGUGUGUGUGUGUGUGUGUGUGUGUGUUCCCUUAACAUCCUCGCGUACCAUCUUGACUCUACCCAGGACCCAACACUGUGUGUUCUUCUUUGAUAUCCUUCAUUUCCGUAUUAAAUGACAUGAGUAGGUGUUUCCUAAUUAGUCCUCCAUGCCAUUUAGAUUUAGAGUAGAUUCCCAAUAUCUCAGGUCCCAUAGGUGGAAGAGGGCAUAAAACUGAGCGCAUGUAAUGGAGCUUCGCUAAGUAUGUCUAAUAUGUCUACUCUGUUACGUUGCUCACUCUGCUACCGACCAGGCACUUUGUUAAACUGUUGGAGUCUUCUGGGAAAAAAAGGCUGAGUUUAAGGCAUACUUUCAGUUGACCACUGUGGAUAUUCACGGAGUUGACCUCUAGUAAUGUUUUUUUAGCUGAACUCUGAAAGGCUCUAAAGAGGAACUGUCCCUUCCCAGUGUUUUUUAAUGUUAUUUCUUCUUAUACCUAUAUUUAACAAAUAUAUCAUUAUGAGUGCCUCCAUCUUAGCGUCCUGCCAUUCAUUGUUAUAAUUUCUCUCUUUUGCACCGCGUAGAGAAAGAAUACAGAGGAGAGGAGAAAUUAAACAAUAUUUAGAUUUUUCCUCUUUAUUGCCAAUGUUUGCUCUGGCUUUGUUUGAUUUGAAAUCAAAUCAAAAUGCUAAAUAUUGCUAAACCUCAUGAGAAAAAAAAAGUUAACACAAGUUAUAAAUUAUUUUCAAUGUUUUAUUCAAUAAUGUAAUUUCCAGAGAAGCAACAGUUCCCAUUUAAAGUCCUAAAGAUAGUUACUGGAAAAAAAAAAAUCGAUGUCAAAGAACAAGGAAAUUUUCAGAAAUUUGGCCAAUUAGCUCACACCUCAAUUAUUAUACUAAAUUAUUAUUAUACACAAUUGAACAGCUUUUUAAAAUGUAUUUAUUUUAAUUUAUUUUAAUAUGAAAGAGAAAAAAGGAACUGCACUCAAAUCCACUUAAAACCAUGUGCACGCAAGCAGGACCAGCAAAUCCAAAAACACGUAUAACAGAAAACAGGGAAAAACUUCAGGCACUCACGGAAUUAAAGCCACGGGCAGAUUUAUUGGAUCAAGAAGGCAAAGCAAUCGGGCUGAGCGCACAAGACUUUAGAGGCAUAGAGAGUACGGGGAUGCAGAGGUAUGGCCAUAUGUAUGAGGGGGACUCCUUCAGAACGUUCGAUAGCCUGAAAACCUUAGCGCCCCUGACCACAAAAGAUGUAUUUCGCCAUAUCCAACUACGAGACUUCGCCAAAACCCCGGAGGUCAAAAAAGCUGCCCACACCCCAAUGACGUUCUAUGAACAAUUAUGUAACGCCGAAACCGUACAAAAGGGCUUAAUAACCACUACAGGGAGUGCAGAAUUAUUAGGCAAAUGAGUAUUUUGACCACAUCAUCCUCUUUAUGCAUGUUGUCUUACUCCAAGCUGUAUAGGCUCGAAAGCCUACUACCAAUUAAGCAUAUUAGGUGAUGUGCAUCUCUGUAAUGAGAAGGGGUGUGGUCUAAUGACAUCAACACCCUAUAUCAGGUGUGCAUAAUUAUUAGGCAACUUCCUUUCCUUUGGCAAAAUGGGUCAAAAGAAGGACUUGACAGGCUCAGAAAAGUCAAAAAUAGUGAGAUAUCUUGCAGAGGGAUGCAGCACUCUUAAAAUUGCAAAGCUUCUGAAGCGUGAUCAUCGAACAAUCAAGCGUUUCAUUCAAAAUAGUCAACAGGGUCGCAAGAAGCGUGUGGAAAAACCAAGGCGCAAAAUAACUGCCCAUGAACUGAGAAAAGUCAAGCGUGCAGCUGCCACGAUGCCACUUGCCACCAGUUUGGCCAUAUUUCAGAGCUGCAACAUCACUGGAGUGCCCAAAAGCACAAGGUGUGCAAUACUCAGAGACAUGGCCAAGGUAAGAAAGGCUGAAAGACGACCACCACUGAACAAGACACACAAGCUGAAACGUCAAGACUGAGCCAAGAAAUAUCUCAAGACUGAUUUUUCUAAGGUUUUAUGGACUGAUGAAAUGAGAGUGAGUCUUGAUGGGCCAGAUGGAUGGGCCCGUGGCUGGAUUGGUAAAGGGCAGAGAGCUCCAGUCCGACUCAGACGCCAGCAAGGUGGAGGUGGAGUACUGGUUUGGGCUGGUAUCAUCAAAGAUGAGCUUGUGGGGCCUUUUCGGGUUGAGGAUGGAGUCAAGCUCAACUCCCAGUCCUACUGCCAGUUCCUGGAAGACACCUUCUUCAAGCAGUGGUACAGGAAGAAGUCUGCAUCCUUCAAGAAAAACAUGAUUUUCAUGCAGGACAAUGCUCCAUCACACGCGUCCAAGUACUCCACAGCGUGGCUGGCAAGAAAGGGUAUAAAAGAAGAAAAUCUAAUGACAUGGCCUCCUUGUUCACCUGAUCUGAACCCCAUUGAGAACCUGUGGUCCAUCAUCAAAUGUGAGAUUUACAAGGAGGGAAAACAGUACACCUCUCUGAACAGUGUCUGGGAGGCUGUGGUUGCUGCUGCACGCAAUGUUGAUGGUGAACAGAUCAAAACACUGACAGAAUCCAUGGAUGGCAGGCUUUUGAGUGUCCUUGCAAAGAAAGGUGGCUAUAUUGGUCACUGAUUUGUUUUUGUUUUGUUUUUGAAUGUCAGAAAUGUAUAUUUGUGAAUGUUGAGAUGUUAUAUUGGUUUCACUGGUAAUAAUAAAUAAUUGAAAUGGGUAUAUAUUUGUUUUUUGUUAAGUUGCCUAAUAAUUAUGCACAGUAAUAGUCACCUGCACACACAGAUAUCCCCCUAACAUAGCUAUAACUAAAAACAAACUAAAAACUACUUCCAAAAAUAUUCAGCUUUGAUAUUAAUGAGUUUUUUGGGUUCAUUGAGAACAUGGUUGUUGUUCAAUAAUAAAAUUAAUCCUCAAAAAUACAACUUGCCUAAUAAUUCUGCACUCCCUGUAUAUACGCACAACUCAGCGCCCCAGCUAAAGACGCUAAAGACCCACGAUACAUUGGCCAAUGGGAGGCGGACCUGGGGGUGACAUUGGAAGGAGAGGACUGGGUGGACAUUUGGGAGGCGACAGCUAAAACCUCAAUCUGUGUACUACACCAAGAACAGUCAUAUAAAAUGCUCAUGAGGUGGUACACUACACCUGUGCAGCUACACAGAAUGGGGAAAAUCACGACAGACACAUGUUGGAAGGGCUGUGGAGGUAAAGGCACCUUUGUGCACAUGUGGUGGGAAUGCCCAGAACUAAACAAAUACUGGAAGCGCAUACAGACACUACUAACUGACGUGCUGAAGAAACGUAUAGAUCUAGACCCAUGGUCGGUCCUACUGUCCAAGCCCAUAGACGGCCUCCCCAGAAAAGAACAACAGCUCUACAAUAAAAUCACACUAGCGGCCAGAAGGGCUCUAGCCCAGGCGUGGCUUAAGCCCACGUUACCCACAGUUAAAGUUAAAGAUACACAUUUGAUGGACAAACUCACAGCCCAAAUUAGGAACACAGAGAAAUCAUUUCAUAAAAUAUUGCAACCUUGGGAAGACUAUCUCGACGACUAAACUUACAUAAGCAGGACAAAGACAGAGGCCUUGGAAGGGCCUGGAUCCACCGCACGCCCCAUCGAACAGCGUUCCCCAUCCCUCCCCUCCCCCCCUUUUAUUUUUCUCAGCUCCCCCCUCCACCUGUAGACAGGGAGAUUGGGGGAUGACAGUAAACGCUACAUAUAAAGCCCUAAAAUACUACCAAUCAGACACCAGGUAGAACCCACACAAACACCAAACCAACAAGUUACACUACAUCUACAAAGUGGUAUAACGGCUUAAAAGUACAGCACAGUGACCACUGACAACGCACGACCCGUCACUAUGGCUUCUCUACGAAGCUCCCCACGGCCACAAGAAAAUAUGACAGGGCACCGUUAUCCGCGACCAAACCAGACCCCGACUUGGGAUGGCCCAUAGGACGGGGCGACCAUGGCAGUAACCGACGGACACAACCCUAAAACGAUAGCAAACCCACCAUGACACGACGCCGACGGAUUCACGACAUUGCCCAGAGCACAUAACCGACAUCACACAAAUCAGUACUGCUCCACGCAGAACAGCGAAAAUAGACUCUAUGUACCCAAUGUGAGUCGGUUGGAAAGCGCUGUGAAAUCUGUAUUAAACACUCAGAGGUUAUUGUAUAUUACUUUAUUGUGUUGCACUGUUGUGUUUUUUGUAUUUCAUGUACGGGCAAGAACUGCCCCCCAAUAUUGAAACCGACACAGAGCGGCAAAAAAACAAUGUCUCCUAACCUAUAAAACAUUUAACCACUGUUGUAUGCCAAGUAAAACUGCCUUGUAAUCGGCCCCUGCGUGAGCCGCUGUAUUUUGCUAUGCCGCAUUCAGUGUCGACUCAAAAAUAAAGAAAUUAAAAAAAAAAAGAAGGCAAAGCAAUGUUUCGACCUACUAAGAGGUCUUUAUCAAGCUUCAUAAAGACCUCUUAGUAGGUCGAAACGAGUGCCUUAAGAUUUUUCCUGUUUUCUGUUAUUUUAUUUUAAAGGGACUCUAUAGUCACCAGAACAACUACAGCUAAAUGUAUUUGUUCUGGUGAGUAUAAUCAUUCACUGCAUGCAUUUUCAUCCAUUUCAGAGAAAGGUCAGUGUUUACAUUGCCCCCUAGGGACACCUCCAGUGGCAACUCCUCAGAGGGCCACUGGAGGUGCUUCCUGGGGCAGUGCUGCACAGUGUGCCGGACUGCUGUUCAGCAUCUCCACACUCUGCAUGGAGAUGCUGAAUUUUCCUCAUAGAGAUGCAUUGAUUCAAUGCGUCUCUAUGAGGAGGUGCUGAUUGGCCAAACUGGUGUUUGGCCCUGCCCCCAUUCUGAUUUCAGCCAACCUAAUGCUUUCCCAUAGGAAUUGGCUAAAAAUCGUACAUUCUGAUGUCACCAAGGAGGCAGACUGGGGGUGGGGCCAGCGUCGGCGGACCUGCAUGGCACUGGAAAUAAGGUACGUUUUAACCUCUUCCGCCAAAAAACGGUCGUUAAUGACCGCAGACAUACCUGGUACGUCAUUUACUAAAUCGCCACUUACAUGAUCGCUGGUGAUCACCCGCCUGCAAUCGCAAUCCUGGGGUCUGCCUGGGAGCUCAGGCAGACCCCCACUGCCCGAUCCGGCCCUCACAUAAUAUUCGGCUUGUGCAGUGCCUGCAGGGGAUAUAUAUAUAUAUAUAUAUAUAUAUAUAUAUAUAAACACACACACACACAUGUAUUAUAUACACACAUAUAUAUAUAUAUAUAUAUAUAUAUACACACACAUUCUACAUAUGUAUUUAAGUAUUAACUACUUAAUUAUUUGAUUUUAUUAAUUAUAAUUUGAGGGACCUGCCUGACAACCCAGGCAGACUGUCCAGAGAAUUUAAUUGGCAAGCCCUAUAUUUAACCCUGUAACUUUCCAAAACACCAUAAAACCUUUACAUGGGCGGUAUUGUUAUACUUGGGAGACUUCGCUGACCACAAAUAUGAGUAAAACUUAUCACGACGAUAUCACCAGUAAAAGUGUAGUUUUGGUUUAAAUUUUUUUUUUUUAAACUACAAAAGACUGGAAAUACCCCAUUUGGAAUAGCCUGGGUUGUCUACUUUUUCAAAUGGUAUGACUUGGUGGGGUUAAUUUUCAUUUCUUGGCUGCCAUACCGUCUCAAAGGCAACAUAGCAAAUAGCAAUUUACUAAAACAGAAUUUGGCAAAUCUUAUGUUUGACCCUGUAACUUUCCAAAUCACCAUAAAACCUGUACUUGAGGGGUACUGUUGUACUUGUGAGACAUUACUCUACACAAAUAUUUGUGUUUUAGAGCAGUAAAAUGUAUUGCACUGAUAAUAUCAUCUACUUUUACAAAUGGUAUGCCAUGAUGUGGUUAUUUUCAUUCCUGGGCUGCCAUAUGGUCUCAAAGGCAACAUAGGCCCAGCAAACCAAUCUGGCAAAUUUCAUUGUACAAACAUGGAAAAGGGGAAAGCCCUACAUUUGACCCCUGUAAGUUUGCAAAAACCCAUAAAACCUGUACAUUGGGGGCACUGUUGUACUCAGGAGAGGUUGCUAAGGUGGGAGUAAAUUACAUUGGCAGGCUUCAAAAAUUUCCCAAAUAGGACAUGGGUGCAUGAUAGCCAGCUGUGAAAAUCCCAAGUUGGAAAACUGGAAUGCGUACCCUCCAAAUAAGGUAUUUUAGCCCUCAGAGAACCUGACACACCAUUACAUGGGUGGUAUCACUGUACACCGGAGAUGUGGCUGAACACAUAUCGGGGUGUUCUUUGUCAGUAACACAUAACAGGAGCUGAGAAUCCAAAGUACAAUGUGAGAGAAAAAAAACACAAGAAAAUGUCUACUCAAAAGUUUGACAAAGACUCGUGGUAUAAUUAGUGCAUGGAAUGUGUUAAAAUUCCACCAUUUGAAAUACCCUAGGGUGUCUACUUUUCAAAAAGAUAUGGUUUGAUGGGGGUAAAUUACAUUGGCCCGGCUUCAAUGUCCCAAAUGAGACAUGGGUGCAUGAUGACCAUAUGUGAAAAUUCAUGGGGGGUAUCACUGAACUCAGGAGAUGGGGUGUUCUUUGGCAGUAGCACUUACUUAAAGUUCUUAAUGCAUGUAUUCUUAAAUUGCUAUGUGCUAAUGACCACCAUGUAGUUUAGGUGUUUUUUUAGGGGCUAAUGACCACCAUGUAGUUUAGGUGUUUUUUGUUUUUUUCCGAGUGGUGUAAGUCUUCAACUAUCUGUGCUUUCCUUGCAGGGUUCCGGAACAUCUUGUAAAAAGCAUUAUUUGGCAAACUCUACAAGCAGUAAACUUCUGUCACAGGCACAAUGUGAGUAUAUAGCACAGUUUGUACACUAAUCCCAAGCAAAAUCUCAAACUACAUCCAAUAAUUCCAUACUGUUGUAAUAUUACCCAAUGAAUUCUAUUUUAUGGGCAAAAUAAACCUCUCCUCUUUGAUUGUACAGUAUGUAGGAACACCUUAAAGGACCACUUUAGGCACCCAGGCCACUUCAGCUCAAUGAAAUGGUCUUGGUGCCAGGUCCCUCCAGUUUUAACCCUGCAGCUGAAAACAUAGCAGUUUCAGAGAAACUGCUAUGUUUCACUGAGGGUUAAUCCAAGCUCUAGGGGCUGUCUCACUGACAGCCGCUAGAGGCGCUUCCCUGAUUCUCACUGUGAAAAUCACAGUGAGAAGAUGCUGGAUGUCCAUAAUGCUUUCAUAUGGGCUGUUUGAAUGCGCGCGUAGCUCUUGCCGCGCAUGCGCAUUUGGAUCUGACGUCGGCAGGGAGUGGAGAGUUCCCCAGCAUAGGGGGAGCCCGGCACUGGAGAAAGUUUUAACUCCUUCAUCCCAACAGGAGGGGGGCCCUGAGGGUGGGGGGGACCUGUCUUCCUGGCACUAUAGUGCUCCUUUAAGCAUCCUAACCAUUUCAGCUUAUUAAUGUGGUUAUGGUGUCAGGAUAACAUCCCUGCGGCUUCACAUGACAAUUACUUAAAGGGCCACUAUAGGCACCCAGACCACUUCAGCUUAAUAAGGUGGUCUGGGUGCCAGGUCCAUCUAGGGUUAACCCUGCCUGCUGUAAACAUUGCAGUUUCAGAGAAACUGCUGUGUUUGCAUAUGGGUUAAUCCAGCCUCUAGUGGCUGUCUCAUUGACAGCCGCUAGAGGCGCUUCCGUGCUUCUCACUGCGAUUUUCACGAUGUUCCAGGAGGGAUAAGCCAAAUGGCAAAUGAUUUAGGUAAACUAGAAAAAUGUUCAGAGUUGGAUAAGUACAAGAUAAUGCAUCUUGAAUAUAAAAACCCAAGGGCAGAGUACAGAAUAUUUGAUAGAGUCCUAACCUCAACUGAGGAAACAGAUGUAGGGGUGAUUAUUUCUGAUGACUUAAAGGUAGGCAGGCAAUGUAACAGAGCAGCAGGAAAUGCUAGCAGAAUGCUUGGUUGUAUAGGGAGAGGUAUUAGCACUAGAAAGAGGGAAGUGCUCAUGCCAUUGGAAAGACACCGGUAAGACCUAUCUUGUACACAGUAGACCGUAUCUCCAGAAGUAUAUUAAUACUUUAGAGAGAGUUCAGAGAAGGGCUACUUAACUGGUUCAUGGAUUACAGGAUAAAAAGUACAAGGAAAGGUUAAAGGAUCUAGCUUGGAGGAAAGACGAGACGGGGGGAUAUGAUAGAAACAUUUAAAUACAUAAAGGGAAUCAACACAGUAAAGGAGGAGACUAUAUUUAAAAGAAGAAAAACUACCACAACAAGAGGACAUAGUCUUAAAUUAAGGGGCAAAGGUUUAAAAUAAGGCUAUCCUAUAUAUAAGAUAAGGCCAGGGCUAAUGAAAGUGUUUAGAAAAUUGGGCAGACUAGAUGGGCCGAAUGGUUCUUAUCUGCCGUCACAUUCUAUGUUUCUAUACACUGUCACAGCGACAUUGGUCUUACAAAUUUGUGCAUUAUUUUUUACGCAGACCAAUCAUAAUGGACUGGGUGUUAUUUAAAGCCACACUAGCUAUUCAUCUGUGUCCUGUAGUGGUAUCCAUUAUCAGAGAGUGCAUUUUAACUUGUGGUAAACCUGUUGUAGUCUUCGUUUCCAGAGAGUGCAUUUUGUUUUGACUUUUUGUGUGUUUUAUCUGGUUUAGACUUGGCUGUGUUUCUGACUUCUGGAAUCCCUGACCUUGGCUUUAAUUAUUGUUUUCUCUACUCCUUGAAAUCAGCCUGGCUACCUACUCUUUGCUCCCCGUGUCGACUGUAAUCGAUACUUUCAUACUUUAAAUCCGGCCACUGUAAGGACCAGCAAAAUAUUGUUCUAUAGUAUAGGACACUCGAUUGGUCAGUGUUGACACUUUACAAAAGAUUCCUUUGGUUUCAGGGUGACUACACAUAUUUUCGAAAGCAUUUGACAAUCACAAUUUGUGGGUUCCUACAUGCAAUUUAUUAAAACGCCCCCCCCAAAAAAAAAAAAAACCCUGUAAAAAAUGUUAAAGGUUUUCUUUAAUUAAUCCACACUCCUUAAUUAAUCCAUACCCCUUAAUUAAUCCACACUAAUUCAUCCAUUAAUCCACACUAAUUCAUCCACACACCCUUAAUUAAUCCACCCCCCUUAAUUGAUACACACACCCUUAAUUAAUCCGCACUAAUUAAUCCACCCCCCAUAAUUAAUCCACACUAAUUAAUCCACCCCCCAUAAUUAAUCCAUCCCCCUUAAUUAAUACACCCCGCAAUUAAUAUCCAUCCCCUCCUUUCUCUCACCCCCUCCUUUCUCCUCUUUCUCACCCCCCCUCCUUUCUCCUCUUUCUCACCCCCCUCCUUUCUCCUCUUUCUCACCCCCCUCAUUUCUCUUCUUUCUCACCCCUCAUUUCUCUUCUUUCUCCACCCCUCAUUUCUCUUAUUUCUCACCCCCAUUUCUCUUGCUUUCUCCACCCCCCAUUUAUCUUCUUUCUCCCACCCCCAUUUUAUCUUCUUUCUCACCCCCCUCAUUUAUCUUCUCUCACCCCCCUCAUUUUAUCUUCUUUCUCACCCCCCCUCAUUUAUCUUCUUUCUCACCCCCCUCGUUUAUCUUCUUUCUCACCCCCUCAUUUUAUCUUCUUUCUCCCCUCAUUUAUCUUUCUCACCCCCCUCAUUUAUCUUCUUUCUCACCCCCCCCCUCAUUUUAUCUUCUUUCUCCUUACCCCCCUCAUUUUAUCUUCUUUCUCACCCCCCUCGACAUCUUCUUUCUCACCCCCCCCUCAUUUAUCUUCUUCUCGCAAACAUCUUCUUUCUCACCCCCCUCCCUCAUUUCUCUUCUCUCACCCCCUACCUUUGCUGUGGCGUGGCGAGGCCAGUGGCAGUGGUACAGGGAACGCUAUUGUCUCUGUACCCGGCCGGACUAAUAGGAAGUGCACACAUUGUGUGCACUUCCUGUUAGUCCGGCCGGGUACAGGAGACAGCUGCUCCCUGUACCCGCCGGCUAUACUGGGCUCGGCCACGCUACAUAGAGGGAGUGACAGGAGGGAGCGCUGAGCGCUUCCCUCCUGUCAGCCCCUCUCCUCAGGCUGCGCCCGGGCGGUGCGGUCCGCCCUCAUGGACGCACCGCCCGGGCAAAGCUGCAGCCGCCUGAGGCUCUCUACAGAGCGCUCGGGCGGCUGCAGCAUGGGGGGGCUGGUCAUGGCACCCCCCACCCUGGUGCACCCGGGGCGGACCGACCGCCCCCCCCUUAGUACGCCACUGAUUGGUAGUUAUUGGAGUCACAAUUUCCUACAACCAGAUUUUCUGGAUUCUUUAUCCAAUUGCUCCAUCCUGCCCUGUAGCUAUCACAACUGACUGCUUUUUAUCUCAGUCCUAAAUCAGUUUAGCAGCCAAACAGACGACCAAUUAUAACCAAUUAGCAUUGGUAGCUAAAUUAGUCUCUUGGGUUUCAUCAUUAUUCUGUCCCUAGACAUACAGUCUUAGAUCAUUUUAAUUCAAGUAUUGGUGUUUCAGACUUCAAUUUUGCUAUCAAUAUAUUGAAAUAUAAUGUAAAUAAAUGGAUUAUAUGGAAUAUGACCCUGCUCUCUUUAUCAAUUCUAUUUAAGGAAAUGUGGGUUGCAAUUGUAACACGUUUCAAAGCAAGGGACGCUUAUUCUGGCACCAUAACCGCCACUGCAGGCUGUAGUUAUUAUAAUACCUGUAAUGUUCCUUUAACCCAUAAGUGAAUAACGUGCGCUUCUGUUUUAGACUAGAUGGUUCGCCAACACAUGUAUUGUCCUGUUGCAACACUUCGGCCAGAGUAUCGAACUCUAGCAUUAAAGUGACUGUCUCCUUAUUUCCACAGUGUAUCCACCGGGACGUAAAGCCGGAGAAUAUUCUCAUAACCAAACAUUUCGUCAUUAAACUGUGUGACUUCGGAUUUGCCAGAAUACUGAGUAGGUAUCACAAGGGACAGGUACAUUACACACGGUUACUUUGUAUGGCAGAAUCUAUGUCUGCACUAACGAGGCACUAUCAGCACUAGGUACCAAUGACUCAACAAUUCCAUCAAAACAAAACCGCUUAAAAGGCCCUCUAUCCCCUGAGGGACAGUGUUAGUUUGUUUAUUUUGUACUUAAGGACAUAAACUAUUUUGACACAAGUUCCAUCUUUCUCAUUUACUGCAUCAAUACACAUUAUAUACCGUUUUUAAAGGACAAAAAGGACAUUAACUUGAUGUCAUAUAUACUUAUUAUUAUUUAUAAAGCUCCAAAAAUUCUGCAGCACUGUACAAUGGGAUUUAUACAUACAGUAUAUAAAUUCUAAUUUAUUGUGUAAAAAAAAAAAAAAAAAUACAAAGCAAUGCAAAGAAAGGUAUAUUUUCUCAAACAGUUUUUUUGGGCAAUAAUUAUGUGUACAAACUACAUUCAUUUACUUGUCUGAUUUAUAGAGUACAUCAUAUGUCUAGGAUUUCAGUUUAAAGGAACACUAUAAUAUUAGAAUAACAAACAUGUAUUCCUAACACUAUAGUGUUGGACUGCAUAUUUAGGUUCCCAUCCCCCUCACAUUGGAGAUAAAAGGUAACUCUACUUACCUUUUCUCCGUCACUGCACUGGUUUUGCGAUGGCUGGCCCCGCCUCCAUGGUAUAGAUCAUCACUCUUGACGAUCUCAGCCAAUCUAAUGCUUUCCCAUACUCCGCUAUAUCACCUGAGCACAAAACAUCCUAUGCAUACCUUUGCACAGUGUAUGCAAAGAUAAAGGGACAAAUUAGUUACCUGCCGGUUGCAGUUUAAAAAAAGAAAAGAGAAUAGUGAAGAUGGGUCUUUGUUGACAAUGCUGACAUUAACCCAUUAGGCAUGACAUUAUAACCCCAAUGCUUCUCUCUUAACAUGAAUACUAACAUCAACAACUAACUGUAACCAUAACCCCAACCACAAACACCAAGUCACUUUUAGCGCUGUACACGGCUCAUAAUUCAGCACGGGGCUAUUCCUUUAAUUUCCCCAGCUGAUAGAGGUUCCCCUAGUAACCGGCAGGGAAACAGUCCCUGCUGGUACGAUGCCAAAUGACAGAUUAAUAACAUCAUUCAUCCUUAAGGAGUUAUCAAAACGGAAUGUCCCGUUCAUUGAAUGAAUUUAGGAUUUUAUAGAAGUGCAAGUGCUAGAUAAGUUAAACCAGGGCUUCACAAAUUUGUUUGGAAUCUAGGAGCCAGCUAAAAAAGUAAGGAGCCAGUUUUUUUUUUUUUUUUUAAAAGGGGCACUACAGUCACCAGAACCACUAAAGCUUAAUGUAGUGGUUCUGGUGCCUAUAGCCUGUCCCUGUAGCCUUUUCAAUGUAAAUUUACAUUGCUGCCUACUAAGACUUCUAGUGGCUGUCACUCAGACGGCCACUAGAGAGUCCUUUGUCAGUGCUCUGCAUGGACGCGCUGAAUGUUACCCAUACAGAACAUGAGCAAUAUCCUCCUAUGGGAAAGCAUUGGCUUAGCUGAGAUCAAAAAUAUUGAUGAACUCGGCAAUGGAGGUGGGACAAGCCACGGCAAAACCUGCACAGAGUGGGGGGAAAAAAAGGGUGAGUAAAAACACCAAUCGUGAUCGCAGGUACCUAAAUAGACACACACUCUCUGACACACAUACACACACACACAUACACACACACACUGACAGGGAAAUACACACACACAUUGACAUACACACAUACACUUUCUCUAACACAAAUUUUAAUUUAUUUUAUUUUUAUAUUUUUAUCCACCCAGCCUCCCUACCUUUUGGGAGAGCUGAGUGGACGUUCCCUGGGGUCUAGUGGGGCUGCUCUCUCUUCCUGUGUGCGAGGGAGCAGUAAUCUACCAUGCAGCUCCCUGUGAUGCCGGGGCCGGAAUGACGUCAUAUUCCGGCUCCCGCCAUCAUUAAACAGCUCGAGGGAGCAGAGAGGAGCUGCUCCCUCGCACGCUGCCCCCGCCGACCGCCUUGAUGCUCCACUGAGCCGGCCGUCUCCAUAAAGUCCAGGGUGGCUGGCUACAACGCUCCCUCAGCCGGCCGCCUCCAUGAAACUCAGGGCAACGGCUACAACUCUCACUCAGCUGGCCGCCUACAUGCUCCUGCCGGUGGACGGACGGCUCCAUUAUUUCCCCAGCCAGGCGUUUUAGAUAAAAAGUUGACACAUCCCAAUUUUUAGUCGCUAUGGUGACCUGGCGCCUGGGAUUUGUUGAGCCCUGAGUUAAACAUUUCAUAUCGUGAUUGAUAAAGGGUCAAUCCAGAAACAUCAAAAUGUUCUUUGUGUUUUUGUUUUAAUAAUAAUUGCAGCAACUAUUACUACAACGCUAGUAAUGCUAAGGAUGUAUUUUUACAUAAUUAUUUUGGACAUUAAAAGCGAUACUAAAGAUCAGUCAUAUUUAAAAUUAAUCAUUUUUAAUCCAGCUACGGUAAAAUUUUAUUUUUGUGUUUGUUUUAUUUAUGUUUUUAGUAGCUGUCACUACAUUAUUACUUAUGUAAAAAAUAGUCUUAUCCCCUCAAAAAACAAACAAAAAGAAACAAAACACCGAAACCCAGGUACUGAGGUAUUAUGAAAAUAAAUGUUUAACUAGGGUUUAGUUCAGUGGAGCUAACGGUAGCACCUUGCAGAAGCAUACCGUCUUAUUUUAAAUAGGACACAUUUGUGUUCUGCUUAUGAUUAUUCGUGUGAAGAUCUGUUCAGUUUUACAGGACUUUAUUCUUGACGUUACAGCUGGACCUUCUGACUAUUACACGGAUUACGUGGCUACUCGAUGGUACCGCUCUCCAGAGCUGCUGGUGGGAGACACGCAGUAUGGUCCCCCAGUGGACGUUUGGGCUAUUGGUUGCGUCUUUGCCGAACUAUUAUCUGGAGUUCCCCUUUGGCCUGGGAAAUCUGACGUAGAUCAACUGUACCUUAUUAGGCAAAGCCUGGGUGGGUAACCUUGAAUAACUUAUUGAUGGCUAACAUGAUCAACAUAGAUUGCGACGGCAGAUAAGAACCAUUCGGCCCAUCUAGUCUGCUGAAUUCUCGAAAUGCUUUCAUUAGUCCCUGGUCUUAUCUUAUAUCUAGCAUAGCUUUAUACCUAUCCCACGCAUGCUUAAACUCCCUCCUCUCGUUUUGGUAGUUUUUCUUCUUUUAAAUGUGCUCUCCUCCUUUACUGUAUUGAUUCCCUUUAUGUAUUUAAAUGUUUCUAUCAUAUCCCCCCUGUCUCGUCUUUCCUCCAAGCUAUAAAUCUGUUCAGUUUUUUCCUAGCAUUAUCAUUUGUAAAAUGCAUUAUUUUAUAGUUUAUUUCUCGUGCUUUUAAUGGUACAACUAAUAAGGUAAACCCGUGAGUGGCAGGUCUAUAUAUGACUUGCAAAUAUGUAGUUGGCUAAGUAUGUUUAUCUAAUAUAUAGUGUAACCUUAAAAUAUGCAGAAUAAUACUAGCUUACCGUAAUUAAAUAUAUAUAUAUUUAUAAUUUUAUCUGGCUUCAGGUGACCUGAUUCCCAGACACCAGCAGGUAUUCAGUACAAACCAGUUCUUCAGUGGUGUCAGCAUCCCAGAUCCACAAAAUAUGGUAAGCGAGUGUGUGUUAUCUUUUUGUUUUUUGUUUUCUCUACACAUUAUAGAUUAGUGCAGACAUAUACAUUUAUCUUUUCUGCACUAGUACAGAAUGAAGAGAUGACGACGUGUAUUUUUGUUUUGCAGGAACCUCUGGAGUCAAAAUUCCCAAAUAUUUCUCCUCUUGCAAUGGGCCUGAUGAAGGUAAUAAGUUAUUCUAAGUAACCUUAAUUUUUAAUGAAUGUAAAAGACUGCACAUAGAUAUAGACAUAUAGCUCUAUAAGUGAGAGUCGCAUAUUCCAUACUUCAAUUGAUCAGCUCAAAUGUGUAUUAAAUGGAAACUUUGUUCACAAAAAUUUCAAUUUCUUGCGUAUCUUAUUGUUGCAGGGAAAAAAGUGCAUUCACUAGAAUGUGCGCAAAUAGUACGUAUGCCCUAAAACUUACCAUUCAUUAGUUGCAGACACAGCCUAUGCAGUAAAUAAAGGUCCACUCCCUGUUUGGCCCACACUUACUUCCUUACUAGAGAUGGUCAUUGUCCAGUCAAAUUCUCAAAAACAAGCACUGAGGAUAUAUUUGCAGCCCAAAGCUGAUCGUAGAGAUUGGUGGUUUUAUAGAGCUUCAGGGAUUUGUAUAAAAAAAUAAUCAAAAAUAAAUCAAUCAUAUUUUAGAGCUGCAUUAGGUAACGUUCCAUUUUUUACAUAUUCAUUUUUUGUUGUCCAUUAUUUUUAUGUAUUAUGCAUAAGCUGUUUAGUUCAAGUAGAGACGCGUUUCACUUAGAGAUAAUACAUCACCAACAACAGCAACAGGAAGGAGUAGACACGCUUAUCUAUGAUGGCUUUCUUUACAACAGAAUUAAUGUGAUUCUGUUUGCUGUAGAUAAGACGUUAAUAACUUCUUUUGUUCUUGCCUUGAAAGCUGCAAUCUUAUCCUGGGAUCGGUUUGAAAGUUGCAAAUCUAAUCUUGGGAUCAGUUUGACAUUAAAUAUCCUAUAAUAUUUAAUUAUAAAGCCAAAGUAUUUUACACAUCUAUACACAUUUUCGUGAUAUGUAGUAUAUGGUGUAAAUGUCUAUUUCUAUAUACACACCCAACAACUUAAGAUAACUAUGUAACCAAAAGUCUGUAAUUACAAUGUAUGUGAUUGCACUUAUUUUUGGACCCACAGGGCUGUCUCCAUAUGAACCCUGCGGAGAGGCUUACAUGCCAACAGUUACUGGAGCACCCUUACUUCGACAGCAUCCGAGAUGACGGUGAAUCCGGAAAGGAUUCUGACAGAGUGAGCAGGAAGCAGACACGACUGCACAGAAAACAUUUCCCAGGAGUACGUAAAAAAAUUUUUACAAAAAAUUCUAUCUUUAAAAUUCAUUUUAUAAUCUUUAUGUGUGUUAAAAAGUGGCUUCAUUUAAAUCAAGGAGUAGUUGUAUUUCCCAUAUUACCUUCUGAGUGAUGGGAUGUGCGUGUCCCAAAUGUGCCUUGAGCUACAGAUUUGGUGUCCCUGUGUGGGAUUUGGGAGUUUGCUUAGGGUGCAUUGGUGCCUUUGAUGUCUAGAUCAUGUAGAUUUCACUGUGCACUGUCUAAUCAGCUAGAAACACUCGUAAGCCACCUGAACGACCCAACUGCUGAUCUUGGGGACUCCUUCUUUAUCCUGAAAGGACUAUCAACGGAGAGUUUAUGACGUUUGCAUUCAAUGAUUCUUUUUACAUUAUGUACUAUUUGAAAGAAAAACUUUACUUUUUUUUCCUCAAGAUUCUGGCCACAGUAAAAGCAAUACAAUCUUUUCAUUGGACCAAAAAGAAGAUAAAAAUUUAAUUUUGAAAAUCACAAAGUGGUUUCAUAGUUUUGUCUUGAAGAAAAUGUAUAGAUGCAGAACAUCUUUACUGAUGCUUUAUCCAGAGAUUCAGAAUGUCCAUCAUUUGAUUUAGUGCCAAAAAGACUAAUUCUUAAAAUGAACCUGUCAUUCCCAUUUUAACGUUACAUAUACAAGCUCCUAAGGUAGUAAUAUUUUAAUGAACAUUAAAUUACUAUCUAUACAUUUGCUAGCAUGGAUUAAAUGUUUUACUUAAACGUAAAUUGUGUGUCACACAACAGGUACACUUUAAUGAAGAUUCAAAUGCAAACAUUUUCAGACAAUCUGCUUUUAAUAAAAUUGCAGAGACAGGCUAUUUUAGGUUUCAAGGAUAAAGGGUUGAGCCCUAAAUAUAGCGUGUGUUUAUAAGAAAUUAAGAAACUGAAGUAUAGAAAUAGACUCCAUAUUCAUGGGAUCGAACCAUGUUAGAAAAACUUUGUAUAGUAGAUUCGGCAGAUCUGGCAGCCGGAGAGGGGUUGUACUAACAUAACUGACCAGUGAGGAUAACACAAUCUCUAAUUCUUUUUAGCACGAGUUUUAAAAGCAAAGGUAGUAGAGGAAAUACAUAUGUAGAUCUUGAAACCAGAUGGACUGUCUAGAAGAGAGUGAAAGAAGUAUUUUUCUACCUUUUUGUUGAGGUGUUUAAAGGGAUACUCUAAGAACCAAAACAAUUUUACCUUGAUUUAACUCCUAAAUGGCAGAUAACGGAUAAAAGAGGCUAGAUUUGCAUGUGUUAUACACCAAAACUACUUUAACUCUGGAUCUAGUCUACCCCAUUUUUAUAUGAUUUGAUGACCCAUUCACCUGGUAAAAUAGAAUUUUGCAAAGACUGCUGGAUGAUAAUAGUUCAUUUGAUAUGAACUGCUGAGAUACCCACAAUGUGCUUUUCUGACCAUUAAAAAAAACAAAGAAAAAACCUGACAGCUCCUUUUACCUUCAUAGCAUCGUAUGACUGGCUAUCUUUAGGUAUUUGACUUGUUUUCGCACAAUGUCUCUCUAGUGUCUUAUUGCUUCCAUGAGCUUAAGGUAGUUUACGGAGAAGCAAACUUCUAUCGUAGAACAAUUGCUGUUUGAGUACAGUGUUCCUAACUGAUUGCCUUAAAUUCGAGACUUUUGUCUGUUUAGACAGAUAUCCAAUUUAGAUUUCAUGACGCUCCUAAAUGCAGUCUUCUUGGCAUGAGCCGCCACUUUAGAAAUCUCGAUUUCUCAAUUUUGAUCUUGAAACCUAAAAAUACUUGUCAGUAUAUUCUCUGGACAGACCACAUGUGGCAUGGAACCUACAGUAUCACAGGCGAGUCGUAACAUGGCGUGUCGAAAUUAUACAUGGUAUCUAGAAGAUUAAAUGCUUUUUUUGUGGUUGUCCAAGAUUAGGCCUAAGAAGGUGGUCUCUUGAGCUUGAGAUGUUGGAAAGAUGUUGACAGGAAAUGUUAACUUCUUGUGCCAUGUUCAGCAAAUCAUUCAAGUAUGGUAUUAUUUGUCUUCCUUUCUUCAAUAGGAAGCUGGCUACCACUGCCAUGACUUUGGUAAACACUCUCGGUGCCAGCAAGGGGCAGAAAGUCAGAGCUUUGAAUUGACAGCCCAUAAGUACUACCAGAUAAAGGUACUGUUAGACUGGUAUAUGAAAGUAUGCACAUGCAGUUCAGCAUCAGAAGACAAUCUGAAGAUGGUUUAUAGUGUCUGGCUUCAUUGCUUGUGCUUUAAGGCAUUUUGUGCUGCAUGGUCUUGCAGCAGGUGGAAAAGCGUGAUGAUUGCGCUGCUUGGACAUGUAGUCUUUUCUGGUAGUGAGUUGAACAUGCUGUCAAAACAUUAUUUUUCUUACAUUCAGAUGCUGCAGAUGAUCUUCUCUGAUGCAGCAUGUGCUGUCCAUCUAUUUAGUCUCAGGACAAAUGCAGCUUCUACUGAUAGGGCUGGCUUGGAGUCUUGUGGUAAAACAGAGGCUCUCAAUUGUUGUAUGAAAUAAGAACAGAUCUGCCUCUUUUUGUCUAUCUACCAUAGCCAUGGAUGUGCUGAAUGCACCACUGAUACAGAUGCAGUUCUAGAAUGUCAUAGAUUUUUUAAUGCCUCAAAGACCCCUUUUGAAUGAGCCUUCUGAUUUGCGAUCCAUGGGAUCUGAUGCUUUUUCUGGUGGUAUGGCCACCCACAUCAUCAUUUGUGAUGCUUUUUUGUAGUGGUUCAUCCACUGCCAUAAGCAAAAGGUAGCCUUUUGGAAGAUCAUAUCAAGACUUUAUCUGCACAUCAUCAUUUCAUUACAUUUUAUCCACUUUGUGUAUAUUUUUAUUCUCCACUACUUUGUUACUGCAACUUAUAUUACCUACACUCUGUGUAAGCUGGGCAUAUUUUUGUCCUGUAUGCUAUAGUUUCGUUUUAUCAGCCCUACUCCAUAUAUUUGGCUUAUUUACCAUUUUUAUUCACCUAUAUGCAUAUAUCAAAUGACUUUUUUCUGUGUGAUUUUACGGGAAUUGGCUCAAUCCAUGGAAGAUCCUGCGGUCUUGCGGGAUCCUCCAUAGACAAUGCUGUACUCUUGCACAGUGGCGUCGGUACCUGGUGCUAAAGAGGAAUCUGAUGACAACACCCACAAGGGACAGGUUUAGUUAAGCAGAACUCUGCUCUACCUGCCUCCCCUGGUCACUGCCCCCCCAGCAGCAAUGUCAACAUCGGGGGUCUUUGCGAAUUCUGCAAAGUCCCCAGACUGUAGCAGUGCCACUUUAAAGCUCACGAUUUGGAUAAUCGAAAAAAAAUUUAAAAACGUGCUAACUAUUAUAGUUGACUAGCCUUUUUUUCCCCCCUUUCUUUCCUAUGCUAACCUAUUAUCUUAUUAGCUUAUUCACUAAACACUGGAUUAUAACAUGUCACGCAGUCAAGAGAUAUACUCUAAUUCAGAUUUUUUCUUUCCCUACCCCCAUCCCACAACCAUUUCAGCCUCAAUUUUGCAAUUGAAAUUCAGUUGUCUUUUCACUGUUUAAUGAAUAAAUAAUUUACUCCUAAUUUAUGUAAAAAACAACAUGCUUUCUUGUGUAUAAUUAAUUCUGUUUCCCGUCUCUGUUUUCCCAUCUCCAGCUGCAGCAUCUCCCACAGCUCACAAGUAGCAACAUUUUGCCAGCCUUGGAGAGCAAGAAAUACUAUUCAAACACCAGAAAAUUCAACUACCGUUUCCCCAACAUAUAGACGGGGCAAAAGGGCAUCGAGAGACUAGUUAAAUAUUUAUUGUUCUUGGAACACAGUGGCAGGAAUUUGUUAGCGGAAAAUGAGAUGCACGCGUAAACAGCGACUUGGCCUUUGAAAGUUAUUUAUAGUGUCCAGCAGUUUAGAUGCAAAUAAACCUUGCAGCCACAUUAUCUGCAAUGAGGCAGAAAACGUUUGUGCUUUUAAUUAAAAUAUGGACAUUUUAAUUACGUUGCAACAACUCACCCUAUUUCUUCCUGCAGCAAACUCACAACAGGCAACUGAUUGGGAAAAAAAACAAAGUUUAUACAUGGCCUUGAUUAUCCCUGCAGCUAUUAGAUGUGUCCAGCAAGCUUUGUAGGAACAGUCCAUGCUUCUUAUGGUGUUAUAAUGCUCCAUCAAUGUAAGUGGUCAAAGUGUUUUGGAACAGUUUGACCUGUUACCUGGGACAUGCCAAGCACCGCUCCCUGUCUUUCCUCUUACACUGUAGAGAGCAGGAAGAUCAUACUAGGAGCUAAUAUUAGCUCUCCAGAACCAAGCUCUGCAAUGCAUGGCAAACUCAUUAGCUAAGAAUGUCAGUUGAUUGCUCUUGGCCAAUGAGUUAAGCCCUGCACUGCCUGGCUUGGCUCUGGUAAAGAGCUUCUGGCUCCCUAAGCAGCACCUGGCGGACCCAGGUAAUAAGGGAAACCAUUUUAAAAUGGCCUGGCUACCUACUAUGGAGUAAGCCAGGGCACUCCUGGCACCAUAAACACUGUAGCGAGCUGUAGUGGUUAUGGUGUCCUGAGUGUUAAUUUAUAGGUCUAUUCUAUACGUCAAUAUAAACAAAGACAUUUAUUCACUAAAUUGAAAAUUCAAAGUGAAUUUCAUAUUUAAAACCAGAGUAGCGCAACAGAAAGCAGAGUGGACUUGACCUGAAAUUUACCUUAAAUUCUCACUUUGUUAGUAGCACAUUAUUCUGAUGUGUUGUUUUUACUCUGUGGGGGAGGGGGGUGUGCGGGAAACAAAUAAGAUUUUUGUAAUGUGACUGUUGGGAUUUUACUAAAUUGGGUAUUUAUAAAAUUGGCAAAGGAUAGCCUCUCCUGUAGAUUGCAGCCGUAGGUAAGUAUAACUACUCUCCACUACAUUCUAGGCCUUAAAGGACCACUCUAGGCAUCCAGACUACUUCAGCUUAAUGAAGUGGUCUGGGUGCCAGGUCCAGCUAGGGUUAACCCAUUUUUUUUUUAUAAACAUAGCAGUUUCAGAGAAACUGCUAUGUUUAUAAAUGGGUUAAUCCAGCCCUCAAAUCCUCUAGUGGCUGUCUCAUUGACAGCCGCUAGAGGCGCUUGCGUGAUUCUCACUGUGAAAAUCACAGUGAGAACACACAAGCGUCCAUAGGAAAGCAUUGUAAAUGCUUUCCUAUGAGACCGGCUGAAUGCGCACGCAGCCAGCCGAAAGGGAGGAGAGGAGGAGGAUUGGAGAAAGGUAAGUUUUAACCCCUUUCCUCUCCCCAGAGCCCGGCGGGAGUGGGACCCUGAGGGUGGGGGCAACCUCAGGGCACUAUAGUGUCAGGAAAACGAGUAUGUUUUCCUGGCACUAUAGUGGUCCUUUAAUGUCACCUUAUAAGUUUUGCAAAGACCCCCAAAGGAGACAGAGACACUUUAGAGCAGGACUGCAGAAAAAUAAAUAAAGGUAUAAAAGUUCUCCACUGUCCUAUGACUGUGAUAGUUGCAGUUAAAAAUGGGGGUAAGUGUGUAGUACACUUGGACGAGUACUGAAAAAGAAUGAAAAAUGCUUACAGGGUUAUUCACUAAACUGUGAAUUGUCAAGAAAUGCUCAUAGUAUUUCAAAUUGUCGGCCAAAACAGGCAAAAUUAAAAAAACAUCUCCAAUCUUGGUUUUCUAAUUGUGGCUAUUUAAGACUAGAAUUUUAAGAUUUUGUUAAUUCCCCGUAGCUCUUGAUUUUAGCUCUUGAUUUAAUAAAUAAUCAUCCUAGCCCUUUUAUAUCCAUUGGUGGUGUCUAAAUGUCUGAUCAGUUGACUGAACUAGAUGUAUGAAAGAUCUUCACCUCUGCCUGACGAUUUCAAUUAUCGAAUGAAGGUGGAGAAUUAAAGGCCAGGAUUUAGGGCUAAUCUCUAAAAGUGCAGCAAAACAUUCAGGUUAAAAUAGCAGUUACUGGAAACAUUCUGCAAUCUUUUCAGGUCUGCUACCUUGGCCGAAGUUGUCAAUACCCUUUCCAUUCCUAACAGUUUCCGGUUUAGUGAAUAAAACCAAAAGUAUUCUUCUGUGAAUGUCUGAAUCUCUGGCUGGGAAUGGGAGUGUUUUUGCUCAAGACCGCCAACCACGGAGAACAGGGGAGGUGGUGGGAGCCUAUUGGAACCCAGGCUGUAGUGGUUAUGGUGCUUGGUUCAUUCAUUCUAAGUGAAUCUGCCAUGCUUCAUAUAAGUUUGCCAGAUCCACUAAGGCAGGGCUGCCAAAUAGGUAGAUCUCCAGAUGUUGUAGAACUAUAAGUCUCAUGAUGCUUUGUCAUUCUAAAGGCAUGUAACCAUCAUGGGUGUUGUAGUUCUACCACAUCUGGGGAUCUACCUAUUGGGCAGCCUUGCACUGAUUUUCUGGACAUAAAUCACUUCUUAAUAGGCAGAACAAGAACAGUGAUUUGUUCCAAUAUAUGAUGGAAGAUAAUUAAACACGGCAGUUCAUCUGGUUUUGCAUUCACUGACUUCUUGCCUACAGUCCGUGAAUUUUACAUUUAGAUCACUGUUUAUGUACUGCUCAUCAGCGUUGUGUUUGUCCAGAAACAAAACAUGGUAGAUCUGGCAAUUCUAGAUGUUUUAAUGUGCUAUGCCUUGCGUUUGAUGUAUUUAUUUACUUUAUCAGCAUUGGUUGAAUAGGUAGCUGCACAGAUUUUUUUCACCCAGCAUCCUACAGUGUUCUGUCUCCAAACAAAGCAUUCUGGGGCAGAUUGCAGAAGAAUGCCAGGCUAGCUAUUUCUGUGUGGCUACCCUGAGUCUGACAUUCUAACAUGAUAUUGACCAAAAGCUCAGAUGUUCUGUUUGUAUAUCAAAGGAGCCCUCUAAGCACUAUAACCAGCACAGCAUACGUUGGCAAUUUUGUCCAAACCCAAUCUAUACUGUCCAAAAAUUUAAAAUGCUAAUUAAAUGGAACUUCCACAUAAGUGAUAGUGGACAGAAACCUUGGUCACAGGUAUUAUACAAAAAAAUUAGAAGAAUAAAACAAGUUAAAAUGUUACAGUGAAGCAAAAUGUUUACACAUAUUUUAUCGGGGAUUAUUAAUAGACCUGUGUGCACAAUCACAUUUCUCUACUUUAACCAGGUGAAUUACAGCACAUUUAAUGGAGUUUGGCUUAUUUUUGUUUUGUAUAGUACGCUUUUUAAUAACAAUUUCUUUAAUAUUUCCUGCUGGUCACAUAAUUGGUUAAGUAUGUCUGCCGCAUCUACAACAACCAUCCAUUCCAAACAUCCACUUUGAACAAAGAUUGAAUUUGUAUUAGUUUUUUGUUUUUUUGUGUAGAAAUGUGCAUGUAAAAUGUAAGCAUUUAAAUCAUAUUUUUUAUUGUACUUUCAUAUCCAUUUUAUAACCUGUAUAAUGGAAUGUGUAUAAUCCAUAAGCAAUUUUUGUGACAUUUACCAUAUAAUGGUAAAAUCUUAAAUAAAUAAAAAAUAAAUGACUAAAUGUUUGAUUCCAUUUCGUUUUGUAGGCAACAUGAAUAUCUCGGCAAACAGUAAUUUGUUCUGCUUAGUAUAAUUAGGCAAACAAAAGAUAGCUUUACAAACCAGGUGGAUAGACGGUGGGUUAAACCAGAUCCUUCCUGCGCCCACUAAUUAACAAGUCUUCUAAGCAGUGUGUGGUCUUAAAGCAUCUCUGUCCUCAAAUAUAAACUUUUAUCAAACCUAAUUUUCUAUACAGUUUCCUAUGUACUUCCAGGAAGUAACAGGAACAGUUGUCUGACUGACAACUGGGGAAGAGGGGGUAACAAGGUCAAAUUUUAAAAGUGCCUUCCAAGUAAAAUUUUUAAAAAUGUACACACUUUUUUUUUUUAUAUAUAUAUCUAUAAAGCAUUCUAGCAAGCUGAAGCGUUUUAGGUGCUUUUGGAGUGUUCCUUUAAUCUACCACUUCAAACUCAAUUUCUGCCCACACCCUACCAAUCGAAAGCUGGAACAAAAUUCAUGUAAUGAUAUUCUUUAUUGAUCAUAGUAUGUCAACAGCUAGUUCUUUAUGUACACACUGGCAAAGCCUUGUGGGAGUUUAGUUUCAUAGUGACAGAGUGGUUACCUCUGGUCCUGGGUUGUCACCACUACAAAGAUGUCAGUUUUUUUUUUUCCAAUUGUUACACAUUUCUAGCAUUGCAUACGGCUGAGCUGUGUCAGGAAACAGGAUUUUUCCUUUAUAAAGGACAAAAUAAUUGGUUUUCAGGGUACUUCCUUAUUCCUAAGCAUCAUAUUGAAAGCAUUGAUAUAAUCCAGGUUUAUUUAAUAUGUAUGAAUGGAGAAAGCAGAUAAUUAGUUUCAGUCCAGAUCUAACUCCAGGUUUAGUGAAGGUUUUGCUUUCUGAAGCAAUUCUACCGUGAGCUCCUUCUGCCGGAUCCCUGGAAGAUCACUCAAGAAUAAAUAUUCCAGAUUCCU